GGAAACGUGCGCUUCUCUGCAGAUGGACCACUCCGCCUCAGUGUUUCUCCAUCAGUGCGUCGUGUUACAGCAGGGUGCUGCUCUCUGUACGCUCUGCUCUCAGGUUAGUGUGUUAGUCAGGGAGAGCUGAGGGGAUUCUCUGCUGGAGGAGCCGACAGAAUGAGCGGACACUGACCGCUGUCAUCUCCCUGGGUUACUGGCAUUUUCCACAGAGAGCGAGUUCUUCAUUCACUGUCUUCAUUUACUGCCCACUCUCUCUUGGAAACCCCGGGGACACCUGUCGCGUGUCAGGUAGGCAGCAUUCAUCGCUCAACAAAUCUAUUGGACACGUUGUUCAAAACCAAACAAAAGCUCUUUGUUUGGACCCUGUUUGGAGACGGAGCUGUUCUGGGGAGUCUUGGAUCAAGUGCUCUAAACACGACCCAUUAUGAAGAGACCAAACCCAGUGUUUUCUGUCUUUUUGGAGACAGCUGCAUUUCUGCUGGAUCCGUUAAAAUGCAGCCGCUGUCAGGUGCUUUGUGCCGAGCUACCGUGUAAUUACGCACACUGAAAGCGUUUCCCAUCUUGUUCGCAGGCUUCAGCAAUGAGAGGACGAUGGAGCUCAAAGUCCAUGCCUGUACUGGUCUCUUUGAUCGUUCUGUGGCAGACUCGGUGAGUUUUAUUCCACUUAUAAUUAUUAUUAUUAUUAUUUUUUUCUUUCCAUAAACGAAGACAAUAUAACUGCUUCGACAGUGACAGCGCGCGCAGCAGCGGACACGGAGCUUUGUCUUACAGCAGAACAAUAUCAAACCUAACAUGCACAUAAAGAAUAAGAUGACGAGCAAAGACAUGGAUGUUGAAUAUUCUUGUUAGAAUGAAAAAAUAUGUUUACUGUUUCAAACCCUCCAUCAUCACCGGUUGCUCUGUGCGCUCCGCUCCUCUCCACAUGAACGCAGCACCAGAAUUCAUUAAUAUUGGUAACAUUAACAAGAAGAUUUGGUAUAUGAAAGACACUACGGAGAAGUCAUUGCUUUAAACAGCCGCAGAAUAUUAGCAGAGUUAUUCUGUGAAAUUCGGCUGAUUUCUGACGAACCGAGUUUCAGCUUCUUUGGUUAAAAAUGUCAACUUUAGGAGUUAGCAGUGGCACCCGAUUUUAUCCACCCAUUACAGCGAGGUAAAGUGACAGUGGGAAAAACAUGAACCUCCUUUGUAAAAUUUAAAACCCUAAUCCAUGUUAAUCCCAAAGCAGCCCAAUUAAUCCUUAUGGUAUAAAUUAUGUUUUACAGGGUUAACAUAAUUUUUACAGAAGAGUAAAAGUAAUCCAUCAAGUACAUUAGCCCUCAAACAGGAAAUAUGUUAAAUGUGCCCUCUGCUUUGAUUUGUUAUUUAUUUAUUUUUUUUAAUUGUAAGAAUACAAAAAAAUAUGCCAUUUGACACUAAAACUUGUAAAAAGGAAGGAGGCAGGCUACUUAACUCUUAGCUGUUCCCUCAAUCUGUUGCAAUCCUUUGGUUGUCUUAUUUGAACCAGCCAAACCUGUGUGAGUGUCUUUUUCUAAAGUAAAUUUGAGGUACAUUAGCCACUCUAAGUUAUUUAGACACUCUUCAAGCAAACAGCAGUCUCUCUCUGAAAUCUCUCCCUGGAUGCAUAUUAAAUGGAUGCAAAAUGGAGAACUUCAGGGAGACAUAACGGUAUAUUAAAUCAAUAUGUUGUAACAUUGGUGUAAUGAAUAUAAGGGCCACAUUCCACAGAGGAGAUAGAGCAGAGUCAAACCCUGCCCACACAAAAGUGUGAGACAACAACCCUUGAUUCUUUGGUUUCACGUGUUCUUGUUUGCUGGUUUAUGACAGGACAGAGUCCAAAGAGAAAUAAUUGCUUUUGAUGGACUCAUAUUUUAAAUGAUCAGUGACGUUGCCCCUGUUGAAUGUUGGCACAAAUGCAAGUUAAAGGAACUAAUUCUGGCCUCAUCAUAAACAAAGAACCUUUAGCCUCCAGUGAGAUGGAGGCCCUUCCAUCAUGACCACACUUAACAAUGUCAGAUGCUGACUACUGUGUUCAUUUCAGUGCUCAAGUGCUCCAGCAAUCCCAUGUGCAGCAUGCUUGAUUUGCAUUUUAUCUGCACUUAAGGUUAGACAACAACAAUGCAGUAUUAGCCCAAUGCAGCAUGCUGAUGUUUAUUCCCACUAAAUUAUCAUUACGAUUAUUGCCACAUGCCACAAAAUAAAUUUCAAUGUAAAAAAAUGUUUUAAGAUGCAGAUGUUGAAACGAUGUAAUAACAAUAUGGUCACAUGUUUGCAAGCUCCAUUUAAGUGUCUGCAGUGAGCAGGUCCACAGCAAUAAUAAUGAUAAUGAUAAUUAUUAAUAUUUUCUAUUUUAUUUACAUCUCCAGAAAUCACUCUGAGGAAACCUGAUUUGCAAUGGUGCCGAGAAACAGAUAACAGAGCAGAUAAAAAUAACUAACUGGGGAACGUUCAAAGGUAAAAGAGAAACAAAAAUUAAGUAUGCAGUGCAUAAAUUGAGCAGUGAAAGGGCAAGAGUUAAACAUGAAAUACACCAAAAGUAAUUAAAUACACAAUCAAAAACAGAAGGAUGUGCCAAAAUUAUAAGCAGAAACAGUCAUCAAGAUCCAAAAUUAAAACACAUAAUUGUCUUGUUUGUCGAAGUUAAGACAUCUUAAGGCCAAAACAUAUAGGCAAAGUAUUUGGAGCGUGGCAGCAGCAUUGCACGCAGCAUAUAGGUUGCCAUUCUAAUCAAUGCAGCAAAGCAUAUAGUCUAUUUUCUCUGCUUCUACGCUUCCAAUGCGCGUCAAUCCACACAGAGAAGAUGGUUGUAGACAGGAAGUCAAGCACGAAAACCAUGCAUGUCAUCCGGUAUUUGAAAAUAAUAAAAACAUAUGAUUAAUCAGUAACACAGAACAAUCCAAUGGUCAAUCCCUGAUCCAUGUGGACCCCGACAGGACUUUGAACUGCUAACGCUGUCUGAACCUCACAGCACAGCAUAAAGGAACAUGGUUUACUUUCUGCAUUGCUCCUUUACAUAUAGUAGAGGCUCAAUGGUCACUGAAUUAUAUCCAAAUUAGCAGGAAAUAAACCACAGAAAGGCAAAAAAACCUGUUGUGAGCAUGUUGUUUACUUUAUACUGAGCCCAGCUGACCGGGGCUGCACUGUGCUGCUGCCACGCUCCAAAUAUGCAUCCUGUAUGCAAUGGCCAAUGCUGCUCUACGAAGCAAAUAUGGAACGCGCUCAAUGCGGAUCCUGUAUGUUUCUGGCUUUAAAAUGAACUUGUAGAAAGACCCAUGACUCACACUGUGUAUAAUGACUCCCUGAGUUGAUGUAGAGUAAAUCUGAGCAAUAAAGAGGAGUUUUUAAAUAAAUAAGUGUAGAUAUCUCCCUGUUGCUAACAUGCACUUUUUUUGUUUUGUUUUGUUUUUUGCUUUUGGUAUAAAAGAUCACGAUGUGUUUCAUCUGUCUGUAAUAAUGAAUCAAAGUGCUGUGUGGUAAACUGCAGGUUUUAAGGUUGGAUUAAAUUACAUCCCAGUAUUUCAACACAGAAAGACAAACAGCCUGGUAAUGAUAAGGAGAAGCCCUGCUCUUGUUUCAGUUUUGCCAAAGAUUGUUGACGUGCCUUUUAAAGUAAGUUUUAGAUCGAAACAGGCACUAAAAGAUUCAAGAUGAUGAACUCUCUCCAUUACUGUGUUGUAUUUUAAAAAUUGUAUAACAUUUGGAAACAAUAUUCACUUUUUCUUUGCACAAUUUAGCACCAGUUAGAGGUUCUGUAAGUGGUUUUGGGGUUGGUUAAAUGCUUGCUGCAGAUAUAAAGUGGCCUUAUAGAUGGAAGUGGCAGAUGAUUGAAGGACGGUGUCAUCAACAUAGAUAUGGAAAUAGCAGCCGUUCAAUGAAUUUAUAAUAUUAUUGAUAUUAAUAUAGGUCUUAGAACUGAACCUUGAGGAACUCCCUUUGUAAUGCUGAGGAAACAGAGCUGAGCAUCACUAAUUUUGACACACUGAAGUUUGUCUGAGAGGUCAUUUUGAAGCCGUUCUUAUUUAAGCCUUGUUUAUGAAGUUGGUUUAAGGGCAAGAGUGAUCAAUCGUAUCAAAAGCAAGAUACUUUAGGGGCAGUUGCUCCUCUAACGUGUUUUAACAUCUCCAAAGCUCUGCUGAGUGUGUAGGGUGAAAAAGCACACCAGCUCUCCUCCUGCACCUAUAGGCCAUGUUUAAUGUCUGUAUUCCUGUAUGCACACGCACAGUUUCAGUGACUUAGGGGCCGAAAAUAAAGAGAGGGAGGUUUUUAUCUGUUCAAUUAUUCAUCUAUUUAUUUAUUUAUCUAUUGCACUAAUGGUCCCCUUACAACUUCAACGUAAAACCGAUGAACCAAAUAUAGCCAGCCAACAUGUCUGAGGAGCAACACCAGGACAUAUAUACGAGUAAAUAUAUUCUGUUAUUAAACACAACACUAAUUCGUGUCCAGAGUGUGAAUAAAAGUCCGUAUAGAGCAGAGGCUGACUGUUAUAGCAACAUUAUUGUAAACUUGGGCAGAUAAAGUGACAACAGCAACAUCAAGACAGAAUAUCUGCUGAAAUAAACAGCAGCACGAGAAGAAAAAUCUGAUUAAACUGCAUUUCUGACAAGUUGGAGUUGGCAAGAGUUGCUUGUUUCUCUAACUCUUGCAGAAAAGUAGAUAUCAUAUGAGGUGUUCACAGGAGUUCACUUCUUAUUACCUUUUGUUGAUCAUUAUAUUCCCUUAAUAAACAUCUUUAUAAGCUGAAAACAUCCACUGGGGGCAGAGCUCAUCAUUCAAGACUAGCAGGCCAAGACCCCUUUCCAAAGGGCUGAUGCUGAGGCCCAUAAUGAAACAGAGCAGGUCUGCUGAUAGGGUAUGUAAGGCUGAUCUUACACUCUUAUUGUAGUUUGUUUAGCCUGAUCUGGAGCAGGCUAGGUGCACAGAAUAAAUCUACAUGGUAAUCUAUGAGCCUCUGUUUCUGUGUAUCUGGGUUCCAUUUUAAAUCAGCCAGAGUAAGCAGAAAAUCCCAGUUUAAUCUGUUAUCCUGGGUUUAUGCACCAGCCCCUAAAGACUCCUGGAUGUUUGUCCAGCUAUUGGGGUAAUAGUAGUCCACCGAUAUUAGUUUUGGGAUAACAUAUGCUGAUGGUUUGUUAUUUCACAUUGGAUGUAUCAUAACACUCUAUAAAUCAGCGUCAUGAGCCUAGGUCUUGGCUGACGCUGAUUGUUUCAUGAUGCCUAUCUUUAAUCUGUAACAUGAUAAAAAAAAUUGUCAUGUGUAACUCCAUUACUCUGAUACAUAUUUAAGUGGAUCUUUCUCUAAGGGGGUCCAAUAAAAGGGCUCUGGAAUAUAAGAUAUCUACGCCAAAGCACAGAUAGCCUGCACUUUUCUGAACAUCAUAACCGAAUAGACGUGAAACCACAGUCAAUAAGUGUUUGAGAUCUGAUCUGCUGUCAGUAAUGAUAAAAACAAAAAAAACAGACAAACAAAAAAACUAUCUAGUUGAUGCUUGAUCAGUAUUUUUAGGUAUUCACAGUAUUUAUUCAAUCACAGCCGGCAGCAUCCCGCCGUGUCUCUGAUUCUGUUCCCUCUCCAUGGUUGGGCUUUACAGUUUUUGACACACUGCCCUGCGUCUCUGCUGGAAACAGCCUGAGGUGUUCCAGGUUUGUGUGUUUCGGUCCUGUUGUUACACAGGUUGUUGCUCCAGUGCUGUCAGAGUACAGUGGUUUAAACAGGUUUUUAGUUAGGAGAGCUGGUGAAUCCAGCUGAAAAAAAUUAUAUAAAUUGAAAUAAAAAUGGAAUACAUGAAUCUAAAAAUAAAUCUAAACGAAUUAAGAUUAAAAACCUUAAAAGAAAUUAAUUUAAAUUAAAUAAAAAUUUUAAAAUGAAAUAAAAUUAAAUGUAUAUUUACUUGAAGAAUAUAAAUAAAAAAUAAAUAAGUCUCAAUAAAUUGAAAUACAUUAAAAUUUAACUAUAAAAUGAACUAGAAUAAAUGAAAGUGAUUCAAAUGUUGUGGUCUCUUCAAUGCCAGCUGUGGAGAGGGUUGAAUGAAUUCAUCAGCACAUCAGUUCACAUUUCAUCCAACUCUGAUUUUUCUAAAAACUCACUUACCUGGUUUUUGAUGGUUGUAAAGAAAGAAGUUCUUUUUCUUAAAAUACAUCAGAAAAAAAAUCGGUAUUUUCUUAAAUAUGGGGUUUUGUAAUAAAUGGGGUAAGGGUUGGGGUUAGGCUUUUAUAAGUUGUAAUGGUUGUUAUAUCAUCUAUGGAAGCAGGAAGUACAAAGAAGAAACUUAUUUUAUACUUUUUAGUUAAAACAGCUCUCUGUGUAAAAACAAGAUUUGGUCUCUGAAGGUUUUAGUCCUGAAAUGGGGUUCAUCUUAUAUUGGGGUUUAUUUUAUAACCAGGUCAAUACAGAAUUUAUUAGGUCUACUUGAUUAUUAAAAAAAAAAAAAAAAAGAGGAUUAUUUUGUUUAAUAUGUAUAUCAUGAUUAUAAAAAAUAUCCAUUAUUUAAAAUCAGUAUCACAGCCAUUAAUGUAACUAUGAGUUUUAGAAAUGUAAAAACUCUUCAUUCUUUGAAAACAGAAUUGAAAAAAAAAAAAAAAAAAAAAACAGUUAACAGAAAAACUUUGAAACUGACCUUUUCUGUUACUCAAAACAUAUCUGUCGGUCUAAUGAGAUAAUCAGUUUCUUUUUUAAGAAAAUUACUGGAUUUAUGCUUUUCUACCGCUUACAUUUAAUCACAGGCUGCAGAUCAAAUAGAUUACGUCUCUCCAAUCUUGUGUAUAAAUGGUCUUUAAAACAAAGAGACUUGGACUCAUAUUUUAUUAUGAUUUAGAACUAUGUCUCUCACAGCUUUGUCCAAUAGUCAUAAACUUGUUCAUGCUCAUUAGAGUGUCCCUCUCCCGCUCUCUCUCUCUCUCUCCCCCUGCUCCUCCUCUCUCCCCUUCACCUGCUCCUCUUCCUGCUCUGCUCUCUCCUCCUCUCUCCUCUUUUCCCUGCUCUCCUCUCUCCCCCUCCUCCUCCUCCUACUGCUCCUCUCCCCUGUUCUAAAUCUCCUGUUGAGGUAGGGAGGAAGAACAGAUUAGGGGCAACACAAAAAUAUUUCUGUCUUGAUUAUCUUGUAUAUAUGACUUUAGAAGCCCAGUCGUAACUUAAAUUCAAAAUAUGAUUAACAGCCCAGCUGUGUUAUCCAUCGAUCCUUGAUCAACUAUUGUAGUUCUAUUCAACAACCUUGUUGACGCACUGAAAUGCAUCUUUUCUAGCUCCAUUAACAGAUUUGCAUUUGUUGUUUUAUGAUUGGUUAAUUACAGAGAUGUGGUAUAAGACAGAAGUGCAGUAUUUGACCCUUCAGAGUUAGAAACUCAUGCCCAAAACUGUGGUGUUAAGGUUGAGCUCUCUGAAAGACAGGAAAACAGUCCAUGAACAAUGUUAUUCCAGCUUUGAGAGACACAGAAUUCAGUGGGAAAUGACCAUGUUAUUGUUGCUGUUUAGAGCUGAAAAAUUAUCAGGAAAUGAAGAAGAAGAAGAAGAAAUGUUUUCCACUGUAGGGCAGGAGAAAAGCCUGGAGGUGUCAGAGACUUAUAGACUGAAUCAAAUCUCAGUGACAUCCGUCAGUUUUGCUGUUUCCCUGCUUCCAGUGUUUAUGCUAAGCUAGGCUGAUUCAGUGCAUGCAUAAAGAUAGAAAUACAUGAUACAGUAUGGAGUUUGCUUCCAGCUCCUGUUAAAAUUGUUGUUUGUCAAAAUAAAUGCACACUUAUUCUUAUUCCCAUCAAAAGUGCUGCACAAAUAAAUAAAUGCCAUCCCAUGAAUAUAUUUGAAUGUAACCUCAGUUUUCACGGUGAGCAGGUCGCCUCAGGGCUCUGCAGCUUUAAAAUAUAUCAGCUGAGAUGUAUGACUUACGCCUCAGGGUUUGCAUUCAAAGUUUUACAUCAGUGUCAUGAAUUUACAUGCAAAACUGUCAAGCAGUAUUCACCUUCACAUGGAUUAGUAAGAAUAAAAAUCUGGGAUAAACAGAUUUAUUACUGUAGGUGGAGAUUACCAACAUGUAUCACCACCUACAGCUCUGAGCAGCACUUUGGUGAAGUCUAUUUCUGUAGCUGACAGAGGGUGGGGGGGGGGCUCUUUUUUAUGUCUGCAUCUGUGACAACAUAUUCAUAUUUUUUAUUUAGGUCACAGGCAGUUUCCAAUACAACACGAAACUCCAAAGACAUCGCAACCUUCACCAAGAUCCUGGACAGUUUGCUGGACGGGUACGACAACAGGCUGAGGCCCGGCCUCGGAGGUAAGACUGUGAACGCUACAGAGAGCGACCCUAACACGACAAGUGCCAUAAUUUAAAUAAGAGAAUUUAUGAUUUAGUCAAUUUAAUUUCUUUAUUUUUAUUUUGUUGAAAUAGGGGUUCCUGACAAAGUCAAAAAGUCUCGAUACGAAAAAGGGUGCAGACCCUAACACAGGAGGAAGGUUAAUGUGCUGUGAUGGUGCAAUACAUGAACUUCAUGAAACAAUGACUUAACCCUUUGAAUGUUGAGGAAGGUGGGUAACAAACAGCAUCUAGUGUUCAGUACAGCGGUGGACUCUGAUAGGCAAUGGUUGCAGAUCAGUGUGCUGCAGCUGCAAGAGCUCUUCUCUGUAUUAAAAUACACAGGUUUUCUGAUGAAAGAGCCCCUAAAACUCAGUACACUUAAACAAAGAUUAAUCUUUGGGUAAAAGUCUCUCAAAAAUGAGUGACAGAGUUGGCCCAGUCUGCAGAAAACUGUAGCCUAGCUUGCAUGCAGGUUCUCUGGCAGUUUCUCAUUAAAGGGGCGGUGCUGACCAAUAUCCACUGUGGCUAAAACACUCACUAAUGUCAUGUAACUCAUUCAACCUUUAUUCAAAAAUAUUUACUUACCUUUACUGUACUGUAAUUUAAGGCUGCAACAACGGAUCGAUUAAGUCGAUUCGUCGUGACGAAAAAAUCCGUUGCCAACUAAUUCUGUGAUCGAUUCGUCGGGUCUUUAUAUAUGUCCAUUGACACCAGCGUGUAAACAUCAGCAGGACGCACAGAAAAGAAACAGCCAUGGCCGAGGCUGCGUCCGAGGAAAACAUGGACACAACCCAACCCAAAUCCCGACCUAAAACAUCAGUGAUGCAUCUGUCUCAGUUUUGUCAUUUGCAGCUCAUCUCCACCGUUGCGUUUGUUUCAUACACGGCAUGUCUUUUCUGAAGUACUGUCAAUCCUCCAUUUGCAGCGUGUUUCUUUUGAUAAAGAACAUACUGGUCGCUACAUAUUGUCUGCCGCUGUAAAAUAACAGCCAUGCUAACACAACUGUGAUGCUUUAGCCAGCUGCCAGAUCUGAGUGAUAAGCAUAACUGCAGCAGAUUUCUCUUGAAUCCAAGUUUCUCCUGAUGAGGAUUGUUUGGGCCAUCGCACAUCAUAAGUCAUUUGUUGUCCACCACAGAUUGUACCCAACUUGUGAAAUGUACAAGCGGAGUCUGAAAGAUUGAUACACAAACAUGAAAUAAUUCAAUAAUUCAUGGCAAUAAAUUAAGACCUUCAUCAUGUUUAUAUAGCAAAUGUUAAUAAUAUCAGUAAAUUUGUGACUUUUUUGAACAGUGCUGCACUUAGCUCAGGUCAUCAGAUUUAAUGGAAACAAGACAGUGAAAGGAGAAAUACUGAGUGCUUUUCUUUCUCUGGAUGAUCACUUUCCAUUGGCUGAAAAAUCCCCUCCAUCCGAACCAUGACCUGCUGCUUCACUCAUGUUCUGUUCAGAUGCAGCCCACACUGCUCUGUUCAUGAAGUCCAGCUUACCUGUGAGGGAUUUGUCUCUUCCAACAACGUUGGAUUGGUUUAGCUCCUGCUCAUGUUCAAUGCAGAGGUGUUAGAAACUGCUGUACCUCAAGUGACCACCAGGAGCUGGCUCCAAAAACCCCAGAAGCUACAAACUCACUAAUUCAGAAGGUCAUCUUUUCUUAUAUCAUUAGUUUUGUAGAUAAUUCAAUUGUUUCCUUCUUCUUUGUUUAUUCAUUUAUUAAUUUAUCAUUGGUUUGCUGUUUUCCUUUUUUUCCCAGGUACCUCCUUUUCCUAUAUUCUUAAUUUUCCAAUAACUGUCUUGAAUGCUUGAAUGUCAGGUUCUUGGUCUUUGUUUAAAUCAUAGACUGUAUACUAUGGACAACUUGGUUCCGCCUACCGCCUGUAUACGGAUGUACAUUUAUGGAUUUACGAAUAUACAAUUCCUGAACGCCCAUAGGCUGUAUCAGGUGUCAAUCAAAAAACCAUGAACCCCCUAAUAACUUUUAAAAACGGAGCUAUACAGAAAAAAAGAGGACCUGAGCACAAACCAGUCUGACAGUAACUGCAUGUCAACAUCACAAACAGGGGAAAGAAAAAAUUGUGUUCGGUGUAAUAAAUUUUUAAAGUUUGUCCACAGCUCCUUAAGCUUUGCUGGCGGAGGGGGGAUUUAUGACCUACAGUUGUGAGUGAAAGUCAGGGCACCCCUUUAAAAAAACAUAGUUUAUUUAUUAAAAAAUAAACCUUGAUAUUUAUAGUCUCUCUGGUAAAUAGGGAAAAAAGACAGUAUUAUCAGAAAUCAUUAAUGCACAGUUACUUUUUAUUUUACAAAAAGUACAAAAUUACAAAAAUAAAAAUCAUCUUUUUGGCAUGUGCAAAUGUCAGGGCACCCUGAGAGCUUUAAAGUGUCUGGUCUUUAAAGAUUCUUUUUAGAAGCUCAUGCUGCGUCCGAAUUGCCUGCUCGGAUACUACAUGCUACUGCUACAUACUACUGCUAGAUCCUACUCCUACAUACUAAACACGUUGGCCCAAUUCGGACACACUAGACGAGCGGUGGGGAAAGACGACCCCCGCAGGCAGAGAGUAGGUACUGUGCCCGUUUUAGACUGAAUGGUAAUUGUGCAAGUGAUGGAUGCUGCUGUAUUAUAUUCCUGCACUGCUUUAGAAAUUCACAAAGAAGCUUUUCCAUGACUUUUAGCCUUCACUCACGUGGUGAUCGUUUGUUCAAUGAGAUCUGCCUGAUUACUGCAGCUGUGCAGUUUAAUGAUGGAAUAAGUGAGCUUUACCUCCAUGAUGUCGCCACAUAUUUGUUCAUAAAAUGAUUACUUGGGCAAAUAUGACACCAUGACAUGACAAAGAGAUACAACCGCACAUUUUUUAGGACAGUGUGUGAAGUUACAUGAAACUUACAUCUGUACUGCUGCGGUCCCGCCUGCUGCUGCUGCUGCUGCUCCGACAUGGUGCGCGCUGCUGUGGCCCGCCAGCGUUCGCGACACAUUUAAAUAGACAGAGCAGCUGGUGGCGCUAGCAUCACAUGUGCUUCUACAACUUUUAAGAGGACGAAGAAGAAGCCUGCGGUGCAUUUUGGGUCAGUAGCAUGCCCGUAGGAUGCACCGAGACCAACCUACAAUGUGGGCGUGUCUAGUUUCUGAAGUAGUAUCUGAAGUAGCAUGCUACUCGCUCCGGUGGCCAAUUCGGACAUGCUAGAUAUUACUUCGACUACUACUUCGACUACUACUUGGGCAAUUCGGACGCAGCUACAGACUUUCACCAGCUCGUUAGUCCUGAAGCAGGUGUCAACAAUUCUCAUCAGGGAGCGCCAGCUGGUGCCAAUUUAAGGGGUUUCAACUCCACAAACCUUGUGCAUUCAUCUAGCAACCAUGGGUUCCUACCCUUGUACCUUAUUAAGGUUUCUGGAGGGGUAAGGCCUUGUCUUUGAUGCUAUAACUUUUUUUCUAUUAAUGCCCUUGCAAAGAAAUUCCUAGAAAAUGUGUAUUUUGUGAUGAGGCAUGAUAUACCUGAAAUUGAAGAAAAAAAACCCUAUGGUUAUGGUUUUUUCUUCAAAUAUGCUUAAUCUUGCAUUAGCGCCACACAAGUGCCCCAUGCAUUCCAAUGGGAAACCACUUGUCUUUUACAUAUACCCAUAUCAGUGGGAAAAAAUGAAUUUCAGCAAAGACUGUUUUCCCCCUUUUCUGAAGACAUUAAAGAUGCACUGUGCACUUUCAGCCACAAGGUGCACCUUUUUUUUCAUGAAUAAUAGAGGCUGAUCUAGCCAGGUGGUCAAAACCCCAUUAUUCCUUAUGGGAAUUUGGCAAAAAUUACAAUAUUCAAAAAUCAAAAAAUGCACAUAAUUUUAUCACUAAUAAAAUUAAGCAUUUUUUAAUCUUAUUUUUACCAUUUCACUUUAUUUGGGCAUGAAUCUGUCUCAAAUUUGUUAUUCUGGUGUUUUUUUAUUUUUUUUACCAUUUUGGUCAGUUUGACACACCCGUAAACCACAGCCUAUGAUAGAUGCAGUCUUUUGGAAGGAAAAUCUGCUACCUGUUUGUAAUAUACUGCCACAAGAGUUCAAAUCAGAUUUUUCCCCCCAUUUUUUUGCAUUUUAUCUUGAGUCUAUUUCCAAUCCAACUUUUUCAAAUUAUGAAUGCUGAAAUUUCAUUUGUUUUCAUAUCCGUUAUUGACCUUCAGUGAGAGGCCAUUUUUUGCAAAAAAACAAAAGUGGACUGUAGAAGUGAAUAAAUCAGGUGUGCAUGUAUUUUUUUUUAUGUGUUAGUGUUUUCCGUGUGUGCAUGGUCGUGUGUGUUCAUGUGCAAAUGUUUGUGCUCGUCACAGCCAGCGAUUGCGUUCAUGGCACAUGCGCCCCAAGCGUCCGAGGUUGCCCCGGGUACAGCCGCCCCAUUACCCGUGAUCAGAUAGCCUUAGGCCCGCGUCAGCAAAGGCGGGGAGCCGCUGGCUGCUCUGGAGGUGGUAACCUCACCUCACCACUCGAAAACGGGGGUGUGGGAUGGUCGUCGCCGGCGAAUUUUACGCGCUUCGCGGCGGGGACACACACACACACACACACACACACACACACACACAAACAAAGCUCAUCCCCAUCGCGGGUCAGUCCCGACCAGAGCAGUGUUUAAUCCACAGUGUUUAAUCCACUGCUCUGGUCCCGACCUCUCCUUCUUCUUCCGGGUAACGGGGUUUUGCAUCCGGCAGUCCGAGUUACUCGUAGGCUAAUUGCUGUGCCGCGCCACCUGAUCUGGAGGUACCGCCCCUCAGCUCCACAGAUCGUAAGCACACACACACAGACACUCGCACGCCGGCACACACUCACUCGCUCGCAGGUACACGCGCGCGCGCACGCACGCACGUAGGCAUACACAAACACCCACACACGCACAUACAUGUUUCAAACUAAAAUUAAAAGGAUUAAAAGUUUGAAAAUAGUUGAUUUUUUCUUUUGAGUGGUUAGAGCAGAAAUCAAUGAUGACAGCCAUGAUAAAAAAAGGGCAACUUUUCAUUUGUAGAUGACUUUAUAGGCCACAAAGACAGUGGCAGUUCCGUGCCACUAAUGCAAGAUUAGUCGUUUUUUUUUUUAUUUUAGGCUGUGACGCAAAAACUGAAACUGCAACUAAAACUAAUUUCACACAUACUCAUACCACUCAUAGGUUCUGAUAAUCUUGCACAAAGAAAUUUGAUUUUGCAUUACUCUUAUAAUUUUUAGCCCUUUUUUAAAAUUUUGGGCAUUUUUUACGGUGUGUUUACACUAAAGUUAAAAAGGUUAAAAGUUUGAAAGUGGGUGAUUUUUUAUUUUGAGUGGUUAGAGCAGAAGUCAAUGAUGACAGCCAUAAUAAAAAAAGGGCAACUUUUCAUUUGUAGAUGAUUUUAUAGGCCACUAAGUGACAGUGGCAGUUCUGUGCCACUAAUGCAAGAUUAGUCGUUUUUUUUUUAUUUUAGGCUGUCACGCAAAAACUGAAAGUGCAACUAAAACUAAUUUUACACAUACUCAUACCACUCAUAGGUUCUGAUAAUCUUGCACAAAGAAAUUUGAUUUUGCAUUACUCUUAUUAUUUUUAGCCCUUUUUUUUUAAAUUUGGGCAUUUUUUACAAUGUGUUUACACUAAAAUUAAAAGGGUUAAAAGUUUGAAGCUGGGUGAUUUUUUCUUAUGAGUGGUUAGAGCAGAAGUCAAUGAUGACAGCCAUGAAAAAAAAAGGGCAACUUUUCAUUUAUAGAUGAUUUUAUAGGCCACUAAGUGACAGUGGCAGUUCCUUGCCACUAAUGCAAGAUUAGGGAUUCUGUGUUAAUAAGGUAGCAGGGUUAAGAAGCUGUGUAAGACAGAAAAAAAUGAAAGUUAUUGAUGCCGACAAUGCAGGGGAGGGCUACAAGAAGAUAGCAAAGUGUUUCCAGCUUGCAGUUUCCACAGAGCGAGGUAUAAUUAAGAGAUGGUAGGUGAGGGAAACUGUGGAGGUCAAGAUGAGAUCUGGAAGACCAAGUAAAAUCUCAGAGAGAACAGCUCGUUUGCUGUCAGGAAAGUAAAUCAAAACCCACAUUUGACUUCAAAAGACCUGCAAGAAUAUUUAGCAGACACAGGAGUGGUGGUGCACCCUUCCACUGUGCGGCAAGGUUUGAACAAACAAGACCUUCAUGGAAGAGUAUGCAGAAGAAAAACUUUCCUGCGUCCUCAUCAUAAAAUACAGCGACAAAAAUAUGCAACAGAACAUCUAGAGAAGCCUGAUGACUUCUGGAAACAAGUGCUGUUUUCUGAUGAAGUUAAAAUAGAACUCUUUGGCCACAAUAAGCAAAGGUAUGUUUGGAGAAAAAAAGGAACAGCUUGUCAUGAAAAGAACACACUGCCAACUGUGAAAUAUGGGGGUGGAUCUAUAAUGCUUUGGGGUUGUGUUGCAGCCAAUGGGACAGGAAACAUUACAACCAUAGGCUGUAUCAGGUGUCAAUCAUAAAGAACAUGAACCCCCUAAUAACUUUUAAAAAUGGAGCACAAAAAUGGAGGAUUUGAGCACAAAACAGUCUUACUGUAACUACAUGUCAACAUCACAAGCAGGGGGGAGAAAAAUUUAUGUUCUGUGUAAUAAAUUUCUAAAGUUUGUCUACAGCUCCAUAAGCUUUGCUGGCAGAGGCAGGAUUUAUGACCUAUCCUGCAGCCCAUCAACAGAGGGUGCUGUUCUCGGAGUGGCUUCACCCAGUGAGGAGGCAGACUUUGUCCAUUCUUUAUACAGUCUGUGGUUUAAAUGCAUGCUUUACUUGCUCUGUCUGUAAACCCCUGUUUUUAAAAGUGAUAUAUAAACAAAGUUAUUGUUACAUUUAUUAUAAUGAGGAUUAACUCCGCCUUUGACGUGCAGUCAGGCUGAGUCAGCAUGUCAGAAACCACAAGGUGUUUUUGCUGUUUAUUGUAAACGAUCCUCCUAUAAAGUGUGUGUCGACGUUUGACAUUUUUACAGUCCUACAGUUUAUACCAGGCCUGAAGCUCCUAAUUUCCCCUCACCACUCUCUCUUCACGGGUCUCUUUGUUGGCUGCACAAUGGAUGUCAUUGGGGAGGUUUUAAUUUUAUGCGGGAUGCAGUGCGUCCUCAUUGUUCUCACUAAUAAACAGUGGGGUUCAUUUCACACUUGGAGGAGGUCCCUUCAGUGUUUCUCUGCUGCACAGAAAUGUGCUUUCAUAACCAUUAAUCACUCAUGAUUAAUAACAGAGCUAAAGCUCACAUUAAACUGACCUCAAGGGGAUGUUAGUAUCAAUAUUUUAUUGGAGUCUGCUCUGCUUACAUCUGCAGCAUCAGAAAUGCGUUUAUCAGAGCUUUUUAGUGCUUCAGCUGUAGCUGUCUGAUUUAAUCUGUGAUCAGACUUGAAAUCAAACACACUGAACAAAUACAGUAAUCUGCCCUGGUUAAGUUAAAAAAGGUCAGAUUUAAUCUCUCAUUUGAGCAAAUCAAAAUAAUGGGAUUUUUAUUUUGGAUGGUAAAGUUUAUAAACACAUCCAAAAAUGUAACAAAAUACUUAGACACGUAUCAUUAUUAUCAUAACUAUGAUAUACGCUCACCUAUGACCAAAGUUGCUACAGUUACUUUAAAAAAAUAAUCUGAUUACUGAUUGCGUAUUACUCCUUAAAAAGCCUCAACAUAUAAAUGACAACCAUUGUCUUUCCAACACUCACUUUAGUGUAAUUUUAACAGGAACAUCAAAAAAAUGCAUUUAAAAAAUUAAUGGUAGUCUCUCUUGACUGACAAAACAUAGACAAGUUUUACAAUUAUUUCCAGCUUGAGAAUGCGUAUCUCUCUCCUCUCUUCAUUGUUGUUUAUGUUCGUUUUGCUGCGGCUGCUGUAUGUGUGUGCACCAGUGGCGAUUGCUCUAAGACUGCAAGGGAAGCUCGGCUUCCCAUAAAAUGUCACCCCUCAAAAAAAAGAAAAAGUGGUGAAAUACGUACUGCUGUGUGUACAUUUCAUUAACUAAAUACGCACUAGAAAGCCUUCAUCUUUUGUUCAGACACUGUGAUAAGAAGCUGAUAAUCACAGGUAACCGGCAUAACUUCAUUCUCAUUCAUCCUCGCAGCGCCUCAGCGCUUUAAACAGCCGGACGCUGGGCUUCUGCUGACUUCAAUGUGGAAGCUUAAAGUGGGUUGUUCCAGCAGCGAAACUAGACGCUUAUUGGAUAAAUGCUGGGCUUUGUCCCGCCCAUCGGAAGCCCAGCUUCACUGGAGUUCUAUGGCGAGAGGGCGGUCCCGACUUUCUCCCGGACUCCAAGCUUCUGCAUCCAUGAUUGGAUGAGCUGUCUGAGGCGAAAUCCUUUUUUGAUUGACAGCUAUACAAGCGAAUCAGCGAUCUUGAAGAAUAAAACAUCUACCAGAGCAUUUUCCAAGUUAUUCAUUCCGUUGUUCUUAACUGCUCCGGAGACCUUACCGAUCCUCAGCGACUCUUGUCUUUGUUAAAAAUGACUGCCGUUGUGUUUGGCGACUCUGUUCUGUUACAUACUAAUAAACAAAUACAAUUAUGAUGUAGGCCAGAAAAAUGAGCUUCCCCUCCUUGAAAGAUCAGCAGCCGCCACUGGUGUGCACAUGUGUUAGAUGUGCAUGGUCCUCGUCCUUAAAAUAUGACUUGUCACCUACAUGACUGACAUCACUCCCCUAUCUUUUUUUUUUUAAAGGAAAAUGAGAAAAAGUAAUGCGCACAGUUACCUGGAAAUGUAACUUAAAUCUAAUUACUGGUUUGGAAGUAGCAAUGCGUUAGAUUACUUGUUUCUGAAAAAAGGGGACUUAUCAGAGUAGCACGUUACUAAGUAACACGCUUCUGGCAUCACUGCCAGUAACUGAUUUUUCAGAAUGAAGGAUGAUACAUUCAGUGUUUUACUUUUCGUAAUUGGUAUUUUGAGCUGAUGCAGAAAAUGGCCUUAAAGGUCUUUUUUCCUUGAACGUUUAAAGUCCGUUGGCAUUUUUAUUCACUGAACCAGUCUUUUAACACAGCUUAAACCCAUAUAAUCUAUCAUGUUGUCGUUGAUUUAAGUCUGUUUUCUUCAAUUUGGUUGAUGUCUGCUCCAUGUGUUUAAACAUCCCUUACUGCAGUUUUCUUUUAACUUUCUUUAUACAAGCCUCACUUUUUGUACCCACUAGAUGAAUAAAAAGUCAAAUUAAAUAUAUUAUUUUACAACAAAAUGUGGAAAACAUGUUGAGAGCAAACCAAAGCCACUUCCAGACUCUGCACUUAAGUUCUUCUCAGUUCAGGAGAGUUCGUAUAAUGAGGGGUGUGUCUGUUAGUGUAGGGUAAGAAAAGCCUAAGCUAAGUUAAGUUUGGGUGAAUUUUGAAAUAACACAAAUGUCAGAAAAUGGUUUGUGAAACUGCUUUUAAAAGCUCCUUGUUUUCCCCGAAUACUUUGAUUUAGUGUCAGCACAGUUGGCAACUUCUGUAUAGCCUACUCUGAGGUUUUACAAAUACACUCUUCAUUUCCCUCCUGCUUUCACGAGAUCAAAUCCAAUGAAGAAAAAAAAUCCAAUUUUUUUUUGCAUUCUUUGAAAAUAAGACCAAGAGGAACAGUAACCCUUGAAGAUCUACCUCACAGCUGAAUUUGUGCAGAAACCUGAUAUGUGCUUUUCUUUAAUGUGGACAUUAUGGGCUGCCUACAUUCUAUACAGCUUUAAUGAUGUUUUGUGACAGAAUAAAAAGUCAUUAUCCCUGCAGAGCUCAUCUUUUCUCUCUGUUGUUUUUUUUUUAUUUUUUUUUUUUUGUUGAAGAUGUGGAGUAAAUGAUGUCAGUGCCACCUUCGGCUCCUUAGGCAGUGAAAGACUGACAGAUCACUGCAGCGCUCAGGCUGCAUGAGGCAGAAAUCACUCAAAGCUUAAUGCAUGUUUGGUGGCUCAACAGUCGCUCCACACAAGAUGAAAUGUAGCCUGUGGGUCAUUUAUAUUAUUGCAGCUUUAAUUAGAAACUCUGACAUGGUGUUUGAGCCAUAGAAGAACAAAAACAAGGCUUUUUAUCCAUGUCAGUAAGGUUUUAAACUUCCCUUAGCAAACUUUGCCUGUAAAAGUUCAUGUAGGUUUGUACUUGUGUUUCUGUGAAGAGAAGCACCAACUAGCUCCACUUGACAAUCAUUUGAGCCAAAAUGACAAUUUUACUGUAAGUUUGCAUGACUUCAAGGUUUAGUCUUUGCACCAUCAUACAUGCCUGCUUUAGUUUGUUGUGAUGUUUUUUGUUUGUUUGUUUUUCUUUUAUUAUUAUUAUUUUCUUUUUUUUUACUAUUUACAAAUUUCUCCCUUUUUAUUCAUAAUGUUGCCAUGUCAACCCCCCCCCAAAAAAGUGAAGAAUGCAAAGAGGAAACCCUACAAAAAUCCUUUUCAGAUGAACAAAUAUAGUAAGAAUAAAAAAAUUUGACAUAUGAGACCUUCAUAUUUCAGCAAGAUAAUAACAAACCACAUUCUGACAACAGGGAUUACAUCAGCAUGGCUCUGUAGGAGAAGAGUCCUGCAGAGAAACUAGACUGCCUGCAGUCCUGCGUUGUCCCUGAUUGAAAACAUUUGGAGCAUCAUGACACCAAAAACAGAACAAAGGAGACCCUGAACUGUUGAGCUGCUGAAAUCCUCUGGGACAGCAUUUUACUUCUCUCAUACUCCAGAACCUGGUCUGCUGGGUUCACUAAGGUUUAAAAAGGGUUAGGAGAAGAUGCAACGCAACAGAAACCUCCAUCUGGACUUCCUUUAAAUGUGACGCUGGCAUCAAGUUUAAAGUGUGCAUACACUUCUUUUAAAACAGCAAAACCUUUUCAGCUCAAAUGUUGAUGGGUCGUCUUUGCACCAUUUUUUAAUCAAACCAUUGAGUUUUGUUGUUAAAAUUCAACACAACAUUCCGAGGACUUUAGAGGUGGGGUUGUGUUGCGCUGACAUUCUUUAACUUAAUUUUUUUUAAAAACUAAAAAAAUCCCACUGUCUAUAUUUUCUUAUAUAUAUGUGUUCACUUACAUACUUCAUGCCAUCCCUGCUUGAGUCAGUGCCCCACCUGAGCCACCCUAGUUGAAAACAACUGGAAACAUCACUUUGUUUUUCACUUAAUUCAUGCUUUUCUCUCCCAUGACUCACAAAGGUUGUGAUUUUUAUGUGCCCUGACUUUCUUCCAAAAAAUUUCCUCCUUUGUGUUUUACAGAUCGAGUAACAGAAGUGAAGACUGACAUCUAUGUGACCAGUUUUGGUCCAGUGUCUGACACAGAUAUGGUAAGUCUCACACUUCCCUUUAAAGUGCAUUAUUCUCUCAGGGACACACACACACAUGAACGCACACACACCUACACGUACACACAUGCACGAACGUGCAAACACACACACAAAUUUGAAGUGAAAGUGCCUUUAGGUCCCUGAAAGCCUCCACUGCACACUUCAAGCUGUCAAAAUAAAUGUGCAGUUUCAAACACAUAUCACUUAUUUUGAAAAGGCUUAAAGGGUUUUUGCUGCAGGUGUGAACAAGAAACAGCCUGACAGCCUGCAAAAUGUUGGAAGCUCUGAGGAACUGACUCAUAGAAGUGCUGAUCUCAGUCUACUAGAUCAAGCACACUCUCAUUACUGUCUCCUCACAGACCAGCUUCACCUCAGUCCUGCACAGGUCACAUACUCCAGACAAUUAAUCAAUCUGUAUUUUUAUAGCACCAAUUCAAAACAAGUGUUAUCUCAAAAUUCUUAACAUAAAAAGCCGGUCUUGACUUUACUCCGUUUACUAAGACCCAAUGUAAAGAUGGGAAUAGACAGAGCCCCCCUCCUGUUAGAUCAGACCAACUCCCAUCCAAUCCUCAACCACAUGAGUGAAACACUUUACAGCACCUUGAGAGUUACAGUGGAGAGGAGGAACUUCCUUUAACAGGCAGAAAUCUCGAGAAGAACCAGACUGAUGUUAGACAGUCAUCUGCUGAGAGUGAACUGGGUUUAGAGAGGAGAGAGAGAGAGAGAGAGAGAGAGAGAGAGAGAGAGAGAGAUGGAGAGGGAGAGAUAUACAGAGGAGGGACUAAUAGAGGGAAAUGGAGAAAGAGAGAGGUGGACAGAGGAGAGAUUGAUAGAGGGAGAUUAAAAAGAAAGAGAUGGACAGAGGAGAGAUGAUAGAUCUGUUUUGGCUUUUUUAGAUCCUCCCUGCUUUAAUUUUUUGGGACUCAUGCACAUGUUGUUGAAUUUGUGUCUUUUCUGACUUGUUUCUUCUGAGUUUUUCCUCCACUGUAAGCUGUAUGGGUUGUUAUGGUUUGUUUACCCUUGUCAGACAUGAAAUCACUUUCACUGAAACGGUGCCUGUUUGCACAAAAGUCAGUGUUACAGCAAACAAUAAAGGAACACAUCCAGGAGCAUCAAACAAGCACUGGGAUGAAACAGAAACACAGUAAGGCUCCUGUCAUUUUCCUUCAAAAAGAGCCGUUUAAAAGCAAAACGAUCUGUUUUUUUAAAUGUCUGGUUUUCUCGUCGGGUUGGCUCAGAUGUAAUUACUCACAUCCAGCAGAUAAAAUCUCCCAGACAGAGACCUGUCAGCUCUGCUUGUCCUGUUGCUAUUGGAAACGGAGCCACUCCAACCAGAAGAGUGAUGACAAGGCAGGGGUCAGACUGUGUUAUUAAAAAUGAGAUCCCAUCAUCCAACGCCAUGCCGCAGCUCCAUGUGUUACAUAUUCAACACAUCCAGGAUCAUAUAGUGGCUGUGCAUUGUGAACCCUAUUAUAAUGUUUCUAAUGAGGGUUUUUGAUUGGAUGCCACAUUACCCUCUUACUUAUUUGAAUCUGGCUGCAGUGACGUGUCAAUCACAGUCUCUAGACCAACACCAUCUUUAUACUCCCUACACAGGCAACAGCUGUAAUCCAGAUGGUAAUGUUGGUAACGUAAAGAUACCUUUUUACUCUCCCAUAUACACUGAUAUCCCACAAUGCACCAUCCAUAGAAAUGUAUAAACAUUACUCAGGCACUAAAUAAGAUCAUGCUUAAAAAAGCACAACAACGAUGCAAAGGUUAUGAGUAAAUGACCCAGAGACUAGAUGAGCUCAGCUUCAUCUUACUAAGGCUUAAUGAAUCAGUAAAAGUCACCACAAUAUCUGGUUACUGUGUUUGGUCACACUGUUAAUGAAGCUACUGAUUAUUUUAUUCUAAAGCCCUGGAGUUAAAACCUGUUUCUGAUGCUCCUUAUUUAGAAAAGGUUCAGAUCUUCAAACUGUUUUAAAACGGUAACAGUUAAGUCCAACAUCCAGCCUGUUUUCUGGGGAAACCCUCUCAGACCACUAAUGCUCAAAUCCAAGAAAUAUGGCACACACACUGAGACACUCUGCGUCUUGCUCCCCUUAAAAGCUUUCCUCAGUUUUUCCAUCACAAUCAGAGCCACCGCCCACCCGCCCCUCACCCCGUCCUCCCUCUUCUCUCAAAUAUUUAAGUGGCACAGAAGCGAGGGGCAGAGGGAUGGAAGUGGUCGUGAUUGAGACAGCACCUUCAAAAGAAAGAAAAAAAAGAAAGACGUCCUCAUGAUUAAUUCAUGCCAUGUCUCCAUCAAACUUGCAACAGAUAAUUUCACUCCACCACAGUCUCUUUUUUCUCUGCCUUUGAUAGCUCAGCUCUGAUACGUGCACACACACAUCCAUCUCCCACGCAAGAACACACACAUGCACACACAGUGUCUUUCUCUCACACAUACACACACACCUCUUCUUCCCUGUGCCUGAUAGAUUGAACAGCCCCCCGCUGCUCCCUCUGCCUCGAUGUUUGUGAAGGUUUCUCAUUGCUGAAUUAUUAUGUCCCGUCUGUGUUGCUCUGGCAAACACCACGAAGAGAAAAAUAAACCUGAUACACCUGAUUAUUUUCUGAACUCCCCUAUCGAAGCAGCACAUUAGAAAGUCUAAAACCCUUGAAUUUUAUGUGCAUGGGUAUUUCAAGCUCUGCAAAUCUGUUGUCUUGUGAUUUUCUAAAGAAAAAGUCCUGAGGAAAAUUUGUAUUUUAUAUUUUUCUUCUGUUUUUUUAUUUUUAUUUAUUUUUUAUGGUUUUCCCAAGUUUGACAGUAUUUUCUUACAAGAAAAUCAUUGUUCUUAUUCAGUGAAUUAAAUGUACAGUGACAGGAGUAAUCCUCUCAGUCACCUGACAAACAUGCCCUUGUAGAUUUUGAGUCUUUGUUUUGCAAUUCAGUUUUAUAUUAAUUUGAUUCAAUAUAGAUCCAAUAUAGAUCAAUAUGCUUAAAUAUUGGUGUGACGACAUGCUGUCUGUUUUUCCCUCGAAAAGUUGUUUAAAUUUGCCUUUCCAUCAGCAGUGACCAUCUCUGGUAAAUUUUGUGACCCACCUUGGCCCUGGCGUUUAGAUUUCUCUGCGGUUAAAUCAAGCUUCAGCUCUAGUGGUCUAUCCUGGACAACAUAAAAUACAUUUGGCAUGAAUUUAACAGCCUGUGUAAGAGUUUCUGCACAACAGCAUGCAAGUGUGUCAUCAGCAUAAAGAAGCAACGCAGCAUUGGAUACUUUUUGCCAAGUAGUUCAUAUAAAGAGUAAAUAAAAGGGGAACUUAUACAUAGCCCUGUGGCACACCUCUAACAAAUGAUUACAUUGAUUCCUCAGUGUUCCUUUCCUACAUCUCCACAUCAAGCUUUUGAAAAAGCAUCUGUAUAUUCUAGUUAGUGUAGCAAAGCCUCAAGCCCUUACUGAUGAAGAUCUUCACAGGCUUUUGUCUUCUGUGUGCACUCAGGGCUUCACUGAGGUUUGCAGAGACAGCUGGAAACUCCUCACAUGAACUUUGAAAACCAUUACAGGUGUAUCUGAAAGAUGUUCUAUACCUGCAAAUAUCAUUUAACUUCCAAAAAGUGGCACAACAGAGCAGAAAUCUUGAGGCUUAAAUCUUUAAAGAAGCUCAAAGAUGAAUUUCCAAAGUCAAAAUUUAACAAAUGUGUUUUUUUUAGGUUGACUGUAAAGUUACAAUAGAGGCAGAGUGAGAGAAAGAUGUUUCCACUCGGCUGGAUGGAUGGACUGAUCACCGCUGUGAUGUAAACCUUGUCUGACAUUUUGCCUAAGGGAGCAGCUGGAUUUGAGACUGACAGUCGGGUCUGAACUUGGCCAGGUGCAGAAAUAGGCUUGGCUGCAUUCAGCUAAUAAAGAGUGUGUGAUGCUGGAGCUAAGAGGACGAAGGGACACGGCUGAUUAGGAAACACAGUGACCCCCACACACAAACACACACCUCUGAACGUCUGAUUUCACAGAGUCUCUAAAGUACUAAUAGACAGGAUAUUGUUCAUGAGGGAGAGAGGUCAGACAGUUCUGUUGGAGUUGUGCUUUAAAGGAUCAGUGCACUCAAAUGAGGUGAAGGACUUAUCAGCCCUUAUGGAGGGUUGAGUUUGUGGCCACUUUGGCGCCCCCUGUGGACAAAACUGCACCUCCGAUCUCUGUGUUUUUUGGGGUUUUUUUUUCCCGACCAUUGAUGUUUUUUAACAAUUUCACUGUACAGCAUGUAAAAAUGAAUUGAAUCUAGGAGGGUGAGUUAGGGGUACAGCUGUAGCUCCUGACGCACAAUGUAAAUUAGGCUACUGUUUUUAUGAAAGGGGUCUUUUGGCUCUAAAGAGAGUGAUUUAUUGCAUUGGCAUCCCCAAGGUGUGCUCCAUAGAUUCAGAAGUUUAUGGGCUGCAGGGCUUGUCAAAAUUACAUUUUAUCCAUAUAAAACUUCUGCUGUGGAAAGUUUGGACUAUUCUCACUCAGGACACUCAGUUCUUUUAUCAACAAAAUUAAAACUGAUGUUUUUUGUUGUUGUUUUUUUUUUAUUCCAGUAUUGUUUGACUUCUUUCCUGUGAGGGUCUUGGGAGGCUUUGCUUUUCUUUGGUAUAGGAGGGAAGAUUUCACUUUCCUCUGCAGGUAUCCUUUUUGUAAUGUUAUCAGACACUGAUAAUAACAAUCUGAGUCCAUCUGUAACAAAGCAAGAUGACGAGAAUGAGGAUGUUAAGACAUAGAAUAUCUUUAAAAAAAUAAAUAAACAAAAAAUAUAUAUACAACACUUUGGUUUAAAAUUAUAUUAGGAACCUGCAGGGGUUUUCUUAACUUGUCAAAAAAGGUUUCAAAAGUGUGCAAAGACAAAGUUUUAUGUCCACACGUUAGAGACGGAUGAAAUGAAUGACCUUUUUAACCCUGCCUCCUCUGUCUUCUAUGUCUCUCAGGAGUACACUGUUGACGUUUUCUUCCGUCAAAGCUGGAAGGACGAGCGACUGAAGUUUCACGGGCCCAUGAACACUUUGCCUCUCAACAACCUAAUGGCCAGUAAGAUCUGGACCCCAGACACCUUCUUUCAUAAUGGGAAGAAAUCUGUGGCCCACAACAUGACCAUGCCCAACAAGCUGCUGCGGAUCAUGGAGGAUGGGACUCUGCUCUACACCAUGAGGUAGCUGCUUUAUAUUCAUAUGUAUACCCAAAGUAAGAUUAUAAAAGACAUGUGGCUGUACUGUGUCAAUAUUUUUCUCUUUCACAAGUGUCCUGCACAAAAAACUCAAUAGAUUUCUUCAUUUUGAGAGAAACUGAGGCCUGCCAUUAAAACUUAACUUGACUUCAAGUAGCUGCUCUAUGCGCCCUAAUAUGUUCACUGAGUGAGCAUGAAGUUUUUGGGAGAGGAACAGAACAACUGCUUGACUUCACAAGGCAGCCCAAGUGAAAUUACUCUUUAAAAUUUUCUCAAUGUGAAUAAAUCUUUUUUUAAUUUUUUGCACGAUGCACAUAUAAAAGACAGCAAUGUGAAUUGUGAAGGUUAACAAGUUUUGUUGUGUAGGUAUGAAAAUAGUCCACAUCAAGUUCAGUUAGAAUAACUCAUUAACCACAACAAACUGAGUUUUUUUGUGUUUGUUUCAGGUUAACAGUUCAGGCUGAGUGCCCCAUGCACCUUGAAGACUUCCCCAUGGACUCUCACUCAUGUCCUCUGAAGUUUGGCAGCUGUACGUAUAACUGAUUUCCUGCAACCGUCCCCAUGCACAAGCUUAACUUUAACUUUUCUAAUCCUUUUAACCACUUAAGCAAAGUGAAGCAUUCACCAUGGACUGCUUUUAACUGUACAUAGGGGGUAUCAUGAUUUUCCACAUUAACAACAAAACCAACCAAGUUACAAAGUCUUAGAAAGUAGAUGUAAACCACCCAAAAUUCUGAAAAAUGCAUGAAAAUGCUAGACUAUAAUUAAUGUGCGAGAUUUAGUUAAGUCCUAGGACUGCACUUUUCUGGAGUGAGAUAUCUGAUGUUUCCCCAGGAAUCUGUUGAAGCCACUUCUCCAGUGUGGGGGUUACUGCCCCAAGUGCCCCGAUGACCACAGGCACCAUUGUUGCCUUCACCUUCCAGGCUUUCUCUAGCUCCUCUUUGAGCCCUUGGUACUUCUCUAGUUUCUCAUGUACCUUCUUUCUGAUGUUGUUAUCGCUUGGGAUGGCAACAUCUAUCACAAUGGCCUUCCUCUGCUGUUUGUCUAUGAUUACAAUGUCCAAUUGGUUGGCCAUUACCAUUUUGUCGGUCUGUAUCUGGAAGUCCCACAGGAUCUUGGCUCAGUCAUUCUCCAUCACCUUGGGAGUUGCUUCCCAUUUUGACCUCGGGGUGUCCAGUCCAUAUUCUGCAUAGAUGCUCCAUUCAUUCAAAUGAUGUGCUUGAACCGAGAGGUUGCUGCAAGUCUGGUCUCUCUGUAUUAUCUGUAAUUUUUGUAAUUUAUGCUAGAUUUUUUUCACAUUUUUGUUAUAAUAUUGUUGACUGCUGAUGGAUACUUCUGCUGGGCGAAGAGUUUACUCAAGAGAAGAGCUCCUUUCAUUGAGGAAAAGCAAAUCUGGGCAACAACAUACAAUUCCAGAGGACAUCAGGAGGUGUUAUCGUGGUUGCCGUGCUGGUGCAAAGGUGAAGGCAAAGCUGAAUGCUAGGAGGUGGCGAUAUAAACCCUUUCUUCCAUCAAUUAUCAUGGGAAAUGUCAACUCUCUGCCCAACAAAAGCGAUGAGCUGGAGAUCUUGGUCAAGACUGAGAAAGCAUACCGUGAGUGCAGUUUCCUGUGGUUUAUUGAAACCUGGUUGAAUCAAAACAACUCGGACUCCAGUGUGGAUCUACCUGGCUUCACUCUCAUAAUGUCAGACAGAGAUGCUCAAGCUAGUGGCAAGAAGAAAGGAGGAGGUCUGGCUUUAUUUGUCAACCAGAGAUGGUGUAACCCUUCACACAUAUACAAGAUACACCUCAUGGAUGCACUGGGACGCAUAAUCAGUGAUGUAUCCUGGGGGUCAUUGGGUAUUUCGGGUCUCGCAACAUCAUACACCCUCACCCAGGCAACCCAGCCGGGGGUGAUCAAGCCCCGACUUGCGUCCCAGUAGCAGCCCACGGAUCUGCCCUCUUCAUCCAAAGCCACCUGGUGGCCUUUUCGGCAGCUUCGCUUGCGGACUUGAUGGCCCUCUUCUUUGCUGCUCCUACGAUGCCCAGGUGGCUGAGGACCCUGCACAGAGACCGCCCUGCAAAUCCCCUGCAGCCUACCUCUAUGGGCUUGUAGAACGUCUCCAGCCUCCCCCCCCUGCACUCCUCCACCAGUUCCUGGUACUUGGCCCUCUUCCUCUCAUUGGCUUCCUCGAUGUUUUCUUCCCAGGGAACUGUCAACCCCAGCAUGAUCAGCUGUUUCGAAGACUGAGAGGUCAUGAUCAUAUCUAGGCAGAGGGUUGUUUUUGUGAUGUGCUGGGGGAACCUUAGCUGCUUACCCAGCUGAGGUUCCCCCAGCACAUCCUGCUUACCUAGGUCGACUUGCAGCUGCCAGUCUGAUGCUGGGUGGAGUAGGCCUGCUGUUGCAUGUUGGUUUGCUCUGGGUUUUUCUCCAGCUUUAACAAAGGAGAUUGCCUUCUUUAGAGCAUCAUGGUUCUUGCUGGAGCUGAUGGCUGAGGCUACGCUCUCAGUGACUGCCUUAAGCACCUGGUCAUGGCUCCAGCGAUAGCGGCCGUCUGCCAGAGCCUUCGGGCAGCCGCUGAGGAGGUGUUCUAAAGAGCCUCUACCAGAGCACAGCGGGCAGGAAGGUGUCUCACUUUUCCCCCACACAUGGAGGUUCGCUGGGCUUGGCAGGGCAUCGUAGACAGCUUGCACCAGGAAGCGGACCCGCUGGAAAUCUGGCUGCAAGAUGUUUGUCCAGGUGAUCCUGCGCUGUAGUGCACUCUCCCACCUUGUCCAUGCUCCCUGUUGCCGUAGUCCUACUGCCCUGCUCACCCGCUCUUCCUCCACAAUCGCUCUGACUUCCUCCUGGAUCAGGUGGUGCCUUUCCUUCCCACGGGUCUGCCUGAUGAGGGUCUUUGGGAAGUAACCCAGGCCUGCUCUGCCUGUUGCCACAGUGCCCACCAGUGCCUUCUGUCUUAGGCGUGACUCUGUCAGCUCCACUGCUUCCCAUGCCUUCCACUUCCUUCCUGUCCUCACCACGAUGCCGGCUGCUGACACUUUACAGUCCUUUGAGUCCCUGUACUGUAGAGCUUCUCUGGUGCGUGCCACCAUGAACUCUUCUGUGAGACCACUGAGAGGAAGCUGCAGGAUGUUACUCGUUCCAUACAUGGCAGCGCUGGUAAGGCUGCGAGGAAGUCCCAACCACUUUCGAAGAAUGCCGCUGAUCUUUCUCUCUAGGGACUCAACUGCUGUCAUUGGGACUGCAUAAAUCAACAGGGGCCACAGGAUGCGGGGCAGGAUUGAAUGCUGGUAGAUCCAGGCUUUAAACCUACCAUGCAGGCCAGAGUUGUCUGCUUUGGUGAGCCAGGUUCCAAGUUCUAAGCUGGCCGUCUGGAUGGCUACUGAGUCCUUCAGGGUGGAGUCAAAGAGUUUCCCCAAGCUCUUCACGGGUUGCUCUGUGAUGGUUGGGAUGACAGUUGCUGAGAUGGAAAAGCGGAACUUGUCAAUCACCUUCCCCUUCUUCAGCACCAUGGAUAGUGAUUUUGAGGGCUUAAAACUCAUCCUUGCCCAGGUGAUGAGAUUUUCGAGCCCUUGCAGGAUCCACCUGCACCCUGGGAUCGAUGUGGUUGUUACGGUGAGGUCAUCCAUAUAGGCUCUGAUGGGGGGUUGUCGCACACCUGACUUGGUCAGGGGCCCUCUGCAUUCCACCUCGGCUGACUUGACUACCAUGUUCAUGGCUAGGGAAAAGAGGACAACAGAGAUGGUGCAGCCUGUAAUUAUCCCUUUCCCAAUGCGAUGCCAGUCUGAUGUCUCUGACCCUGAAGUAACUCUCAUCCUGAAGUUAUUGUAGUAAUCCAGGAUGAGGUCCUUGAUCUUACUGGAAACAUGGUGGAGGUGGAGAGCGAGCUCAACCAGCUAGUGUGGUAUGGACCCAUUGGCGUUGGCCAGGUCCAACCACAACACAGCAAGGUCGCCUUUGUUCUCAUGGGCCUCUCUAAUGAGUUGUGUGAUGACCCCAGUGUGUUCCAAGCAGCCAGGAGCAGAGAUCCCUCCUUUCUGUACUGAUGGGUCAAUAUAGCUGUUCUUGAGGAGGAACUGGUCAGUCUUUGUGAGACGAUGCUGAAAAACACCUUCCCUUCCACGCUCAGCAGUAAGAUGGAUUGAAACUGACUGAUGUCUCGUGAGUUCUCCUCUUUGGGGAUCCAAACUCCAUCAGCCUGCCUCCACUGGUCAGCCACUUUUCCCCUUCUCCAAAUCACCUUUAGGAUCCUCCAAAGGUGCCGUAGAAGCUCCGGGCAGCGCUUGUAGACCAGAUAAGGAAUUCCACUGGGGCCUGGCGCUGACGCCGAGCGGGCCGCCUCGACGACCUCCUCAACCUCCUUCAGGCUUGGCUCCUUCAGGUUGAACUCCGUUGUUGGCGGAUCAGGGGCCUCAUGUAUCAACGCUUGCAGCGCAAGAAAACCUUGCGUACGCCAAAAUCGGCGCACACGUCCAGAUUUAUCAUCGCGAAACGAGCGUCGGUUCCAGCGCUAAUCAACGCAAAGUCAGGAGGUGGUGUAGAAAUUGGCGUUGAGCUGAUACUUGCGUUGACUGUGAUUCGCACUUUGGCGACGCUGUGUGGCGGUGUUUGGUGACUCACUAUGUGACAAGCGUGCACCACAUCCCCGUGGCCGAGCAGCACGUCGCCCCACAUGACGAACCAGCAGCAGACGGAGGGAUGCGACCUGAUCCCUGCCGGGCCGCCGUCCUCGCGCGGGAGAAUCUCAUCGCCACAGUGUGAAUGGGUAAGAAGUGAAUACACAGUUCAAUGAGCCAAAUGAAUUUAUUUUCUCCACCAGACGCUCGAGGACAUUUACGAGCCGGUCCAGCCGCUGGUUGAUCCCCGCAAUCCCCUUGAUGAUUUCUUCCUGCGAUUGCAGGACCGCCUCCGCGAGGACCCUUCCACUGCGUCCGGGUGGUCCAGCGGAAGCGCCGCGGCUGGUGGACGCUCCACCGCUUGUCGGCGCGCUGGUGCUGAUGCUGGUGCUGGGGCCGGGGGCCGGGGUGGCCCGAAUGCCGCUGGUCCUGGCCGACGACUCCGAGGCGGCGGACGGGCUGCCGCGGGCCGGGGUUCCGCAAGCCGGCGACACGGCCGACAAAUUGAUUUCUGUGACACAAUAAAAAUAUUUGUUCAUUUCAAUUCCUGCUUCUGUGUAUCUGUUGCGUUUACAUCUCUCUCCACGGUAUCAUAGGUAAUGUAAUCCAGUAUUUCGAGGUCAGUUAUGCACAUUACAGUUGUUUAUUGCAUAAAAAGUUAUCGAAAAAUGAAGUUAAGGGCGAAGAAUAAAUCACGUCUAAAAAUAGACUGAAUCCCGACGUUGAAAUGAAGUAUAAACUUAGACUAGACGUCUAAUAUACGUCUUUAGCUCAGUGGGAUGACAAAGCAUGUGGACAUUUGUGUGACACGCCACUUACCCUAUAAUAAUAAUCGCCACCACCCGCUGCUCAAACGGUGUGAGGGUCUCCUCCCCCGGACCCCCACCUGUCUGGCCAGUACUCCUCCGGAGGGCAGCUGUACGCCGCUUGACCUCCACCUUGAGGUCCGACCACUUUUUUUUAAUCUCCGCGGGGGUGCGUGUCUCGGACCCCACCGCAUUCACCCUCUCGCAAACUUUCUCCCACUCCAAGCAUUUUCGUUUUGCACUGACGCCACUGGACAGGCUGCCAAAUAAAACACGCUGUCGCUCCUCCACCUCCGCCACCAGCACCUCCACCUCGCACGCCGUAAAUUUCCAGAUCUCUCAGAGGAUCGCUCACAGUGUCCUGCAGGAAGUGAUUUACUUGCUCUAUAGAGCACUCUAGCCAGCCACUGCGCUUGUCCCCUAGCAGUUGUUUGGUAAAGCCAAAGGGGUUGGCGAUCAAAGCUGCUUGCUUCCUUGCCCUCUCUCUCCCCCGUCUCCGGUGCCACUAUGCUCUGUGAAGAGUCAUCAGCUUCUUGCGCAGGAUGUUUUUCAGUUCCGCUAAGGGUUGCUUCUCCUCCUCAGUUGCAGCCUUGUACUGCUUCUUGAGGGUGCGAAGCUCCUGGCGCAGAUGAUGUAUCUGGGUGGCCCUGCGGCUCAUUUUGUAGGAAGUGGGUUUUGAUUUUACUUUGUCCACCUGCCCAAACCUUUCUGAGGCAUAGCUGACGAUGAUGGUGGUCAUCAAUGUGAGUCGGCUGUCUGCAUCUCCUUUGGCUCUGGCCUAGAUGAUGUUUGACACAUCCUCGUCAAACUGCUGCCACUCGCUCCUCUUGCUGGCUGGGGGCCACUUAAUCCGCUGCUGUGGAAUUACUAUGCUUGGAUUAGAGGGCAGAGGUACGUGGAGGGACUGGGCUCUGUGGGUUGCCUCCUGGCCAGGCUCCUCCUGCAUCUCACCAGGUACAAGACCUGGGCGUUGUACCUCCUUGUCUUUCUCCAAGCAUUUCAUUCUAGCCUGAUGGAUUUUCAGGCCACGAUGGUUCUUGCACAGCUUUCCGCAAAUGCAUGUUACAUUCGUCGUUUUUUCAUUUGCCUGGGUCAUCACGGUGUGGUCCGUCCGAUUGGAGAUCCCCCCCCCCCCUCUCGGGAUCUCCUGGGGGUAUCUCACCAUAGGGCUUUCUGUAGCUUGAUUUGGGUUCUCUCUCACGAAAGAUACAGGUUGAGUUGCUAACCCAACCUGCCCCGGGUGCCGUCUUCCGUGCUGUCAACUGUCUCUCCAGUAGUCAACCAAACUGUUCUUGGUUGUCACCUAGUCUGUUCCUAGGGGUCACUGACUGUCAAGGAGAAGUUGUUCAUCCAGAUAUUGAUCUGUUCGCAGUUGCUCUUUGGCCAUAUUAUGUUCCAAAAGAAUUUAGUCAUAUCAUAACAGUAGUUUUUUACAUUCCACCCAAAUCAACUGAAUAAUGUUGCAAUGUUUUGCAAAAUAGUGUUGCCAGGCUACAGACUCAACACCCAGAGGCACUAAUAAUAAUAUCAGGAGACUUCAACCAUGUCACCCUCUCCUCUCACCUGACUGGAUUCACACAGUUUGUGAACUGUCCUACCAGAGAAAACAAAACCCUGGAUCUGCUGUAUGCGAACGUCAAAGAAGUCUACAGAGCCACUGCCUUACCACCACUGGGCAAGUCAGAUCAUAACUUGGUCAGUCUGCAAACCUGUUACAGACCUUGUGUACUGAGGCAGCCUGUGACCAAAGUCAAAAUCAGAAGAUGGACACCUUAAGCCGGUGAAGCUCUAAGGGACUGUUUUAAAUCAACAGACUGGAAUGUGCUGCCGGAAACAGAUGUGGAUAGUAUGAACAUUGAUAAACAGGUUGACUGCUUUACUGAUUAUGUCAACUUCUGUAGAGACACAGUUAUACCCACAAAAACUGUUCACGGUUUCCCCAACAAGAGACAUAAAAGGAUUCCUUAACCAGAAAAAGAAAGCUUUUAAAGAUGGUGACAAAGAACAACUCAAACAAGUGCAACAAGAGUUGAAGAGGAGACUGAAGAUGGCAAAGCUGGAGUACAAAAAGAAGAUAGAGAAUAAUCUACAACACAGCAACAUCUGUGAAGUGUGGAGAGGAAUCAGUACCAUCUCUGGACUCAGCAGUCAAAAGAAAAGACGUCACGUUGCGUCGCGUUGCGCCCUGGUGUGUUCACACCGGGUCCAAAGCUGCAGUCACGGAGGUCACAGGACGCGGCUGGUCGCCGAUGACGUCACUAGCUCAGUUUUCAGUGCGACAAGUGUUCAAGAUGUCCGUCGGCAUGUUUGGGUGCAUUAAAAACCAUCCGGAGGAGGACGGAGCUGGGGUAAUUUCACCGCUUGCUCCAGGAACUCUGCCUGGAUGAUGGGCGCUUCCAGCGGUAUUUCCGUGUGUCGUCGGCGCAGUUCGAGGACCUCCUCGCCCGGGUGGGAAGCAGCAUCUCCCACCAGGACACGAACUACAGGUGCUCCAUCUCAGCUUCGGAGCGCCUGUCUAUCUGUCUGCAGUGAGUAUAAUCAAAUGUAAUUAAUUUAAAAUGACCAGAUACACUGGGCAAAAAAGGCAAAACUGCAAAGUUUAUCAGCUUUCUGUGCAGUGAGCUCUUCCUGUGAGCUGCUCUCUGCCUCUGUCCUUUAAUAUCCAGUCAAAAUAAGACUUCUCUUGGACACACUAAUGUGAUUUUGAAAUUCUGUGAAUCUGAUCAAUUUACGAAAGACAAAUAAUAUAACUCCUGUGAAAAUAAUCCUAUCUGAUCAGACUGAUUAAGUGCUGCUGAAGAACAGGAUUGGUCUGUUUCCUUUAUUUGAUCCACUCAGUAAAGUAAGAAGUUACACUGUAAAAAAUGAACCCUUAACACAAACAAUAAAUACUGUAAAAAAAUUACCUGGAGAUUAAUUACUUUAAAAUGACCAGAUACACUGGGUGCUAGCAUAAAUGUCCGUGUCAAAGAGGAUUUAUGGACACUCAAAUCUUCGGUUACGUUUGUGUUUCAUAUGGCCUCAUAUUUUGAAUAAAAAUAGUAAUGAAAUUAAUUUUUAUGUGCUUCAGGUUCCUGGCUACUGGAGACUCCUUCAGGACCAUUGCCUACAGCUUUCGAGUUGGAGUUUCCACCGUGUCAGGCAUCAUGGCAGACACCGUGUCCUGCAUCUGGGAGUGCUUGGUGGAGGACUUCAUGGCUGUGCCCACCUGUGAUGAGUGGAGAUCCAUAGCACAGGGUUUUGAGGAGCGGUGGAACUUCCCCUUGUGUUGUGGUGCUGUGGACGGGAAGCAUGUGGUUCUGAAGGCUCCUGCCAAUUCAGGAUCACAGUUCUAUAGCUACAAGGGAACAUUUUCUAUUGUUCUCAUGGCAGUUGUAGAUGCCAAUUAUUUCUUCAGAGUGAUCGAUGUCAGAGGCUUUGGGAGGACCAGUGACGGGGGGAUUCUGGCCAACUCUGCAUUUGGUCAGGCCCUCCGUUCUGGCUCCCUUAAGCUGCCUCCGGAUCGAUCACUGCCUGAAGCUGAGCACAGGGGACUCCAACCUCAUGUGUUUGUUGCAGAUGAGGCCUUUCCCGCUCCGGAGGAACCUCAUGAGGCCGUAUCCAGGGCGCAUCCUCCCCAGAGAGAAGCACAUUUUUAACUGCCGGCUGUCCAGGCCGCGGCUGGUGGUUGAAAAUGCCUACGGCAUUCUUUCCACUCAGUGGAGGAUGUACCGACGUGCCCUUGAGGUUUCUCCAGACGUUGCAGAGAAGUGUGUGAAGGCCACCUGUGUCCUUCAUAACUUCCUGCGUAGGUCUCAGCCUGAAGCUGCUAUGGGGUUGGGUGCCAUCACGGGUGGUGAGGAGCCUCAGGCAGGGCUGGGACGUCUCGCUUCCAACAACUCGUCCCGGGAGGCCAUCGCAGUCAGGCAGACCUUCACCGAGCACUUCUCAACUGAAGGAGCGGUCCCAUGGCAGGAUACCAUCGAGUGCGCUGCACCCCCACAACGGCUCUUUUCAGAGCCACCACAAACAACUAUUGAGCAAAAGUCCUACAUAAAAGUACAAGAAUGUCUCCAUAGCUGUGUCUGUGUCCUGCUUGUCAUUCUCCUCAGAGUACUGCAAGAUACACACACACACACACACACACACACACACACACAGUCAGUCAAUUUUUACGCACCUGCAAAAACAUGCUAUUUGCAUAUCCGACAGGAAUGUGGAGGCUUCCUUUUGCCCUAGAAAAUUUAAAAUUUUAAACACAACUUGGCUGGUCAUUUCUCCAAAAGACAACCACGAAGCACCAUCUAAACCUGAAGCAGGCAGUUGCUGCAUGUGUACAGUAACCUGAGGGGAGUGAGGUGACUGCUUCUGAGGAGAACAUGAGCAGUGAAGAUUCACCUUGGAGCCAGGACAGGGACGUGCAUAUGAUUAUACAGGGGCAGGGGCUCAAAUUUUUUCCAGUCCUUUAUACAAUAUGGAAAUUAUUGUAAAAUUAAAAAACAAAGUACCAAUAGAAAGCUAACGAGUGUCCUGUGUAGGUGAAAGUGAUAUGCAAUUGCCAUUUCUUUUGUGUCAACAAACUAUUGUCAACAUGACAUGAUCAAGAUGGUAAUAUUUCAAACACAGAUUACCUACAUGCUUAAAGUACUAUCUAUCUAUCUAUCUAUCUAUCUAUCUACAAACUUUAUUUCAGACCCAAUAAGUCCAAAUCAUAAAACAAGAUCAUUAUUAUUAUAUUAUUAUUUAUUUGUUAGCCCACACGCGGGUAACAAGUGUCAUUAAAUUUUAAGGGGUGCACAAGGGUUAAGUAAAAUUUAUACAUCAAAGCACUGCAACCUAGUUAUGUUACUUCAUGACUGCAUGUUAAAGAAUGAAACAAGGCAAAGUUGAGAAAACUUUUUAUAACAAUAUUUAUAACAACAAAUAUUUAUAAUAUUUAUAACAAUAAUAAUAAUAAUAAUAAUACUAAUAAUAAUAAUAAUAUUUAUAACAAUAAUAAUAAUAAUAAUAAUAAUAAUAAUAAUAAUAACAACAACAACAAUAAUAAUAAUAAUAAUAUUAAUAUAUAUAAUAAAUAUAAUAAAAUAUAAUAUUUAUAACAACAAAAAAAUCAAACUACUUUUUAAAAGGCUGCAACAGCAGAUAUUAAUAAUAUAAUAAAAUGUAUUAUCGGGGCAAUAAAGGGGUUGAGGAAGGACAUCACCGCAGAGAAACGUCACUUCUUCUGCUGGGAGGCCGCUGACCCGCUUCUCCCACCUUCCUUCCUCCUUCCUUUUCUCCCUCAUGUAUACAUCCCGCAGCCCCUUCCAGUGCUUGCAGCACACAUCCACUGCAAAGACACACACACACACACACACACACACACACACACACAUUGAAACAUGUAGCCUAGCAAGCAGGGGCAGUAUGCUAUGUUUUCAGAAAAUAGUCUGCUCACUGAAAUAAAUAAACAAACAAACUUACCAGAAAGCCCGACAUCAUGGGCCACCUUCACCCAUGCUUCCUCCUUGGAGGUGCGGUCCCGGUAGAACCCGCACCCCACGUCGUACAGCACCGGGUGGUAGCUAACGGCAGUGAUUAGCUGCCCCUCCAUUGUGUGAAUCUUCUCCUCCUCCUUGCUUUGCCGGUUUGUUGACGUCAGCAGAGCCCUGAUUGGCUGUCGCGGCAAAUAGUCGUGGAAAGUUGCUAUAUAUAUGUAUGCUCAUCUUAGCCAUGAUCUUAUCUCUUUGAUCAGUUUGCUCUUUGUUCAACUCUAGAGCUUGGUACCCAAUCUCAGGUGGGGAUGUUAACUCCCCCCAUCUGACCUAGUGUCCUGGCUCCCCCUUGCAGUAGCAUUUACAUGUUGUACCUCCUCGCGAAAGUUUCUCUCUGAGCAACGUGACUUGGGUGACGCAACCACGGGUGACGCGAUGUCGGCGACCAUGCGCGACCUGGUCGCCGAGGUCGCUGACGUCGCUUCGCCGGCGGUCGUCAAGUCAUGUCAGGUCGUGGCUGUCCAUAGACUUUGCAUUGGGAGUUGUUGCUCACGUCCCCGAGGUCGCAUUUGGUCUGAACGCGGCUUAAGAAUAUAGACUUUAUUUACAGAAAGGGGCAGAGCCGCCUCUUUUGCCUGAGAAGACUCCAAUCAAUAGACAUCUGUAGUAAGACGCUGCAGAUGUUUUAUCAGUCUGUGGUAGCAAGUGUGCUGUUCUACGCUGCAGUCUGCUGGGGAGUAAGCACCAAACAAAAAGAUGCAAGACAUCUUAACAAACUGGUGAAAGAGGCUGGCUCUGUGGUAGGACUCAAGCUGGACUCAGUGGAGGAUGUGGUGGAGAGCUCUACACUGAGGAAGGUGGAGACUAUUCUCAAGAACAUGGAUCACCCACUUCACAACACCUUGAUGGACUAAAGGGCAAAUGGUGGUGGACAGCUCCUCUCUCUUCACUGCAGGACAGAAAGAUUUAGAAGAUCUUUUGUUCCAACAGCCAUCAGGCAUUAUAACUCUUAUGUAAAUAAUAGAUAACUUUUAGAGACAUAUUACGUGAGACAACAGACAAUUGAAUUUCCCUUCGAGGAUCAAUAAAGUUCUUAUUUUUAUUUUAUACAAUGUACUGGCUACUUGAUUAUGGCGUUCUAUGUAUGUUUUCCUGCCAGCAUCUUACAUCCUGCUGUUGGGUGUUUCACGGCCCUCUUUGCACAGCCUGCACCUGGGAUCUUGCCUGGUAUGGUAGAUCUGGGCCUCUAUUGCUCUGGUGCUCAAGGCCUGUUCUUGUGCCACCAAGAUAAGUGCCUCUCUGCUGUCCUUCAGUCCAGCCAUUGGUAGGAUUUGCACUUCAGCUAUCUGUCAGUGGUACAUCCCACGCAGGGGUUUUUCCUCCCAUGAUGGUUCCUCCAGUUCCUCCUUACCGGUCAGUUUCCAUUGUCUGAGACACUCACUAAGUGCUCCAUCUCUGUGAGCCAUCUUCCUGACAUAGUCAUGGAGCUUGGAUGUUUCAUCUUGGAUAGCAGCUCUAAUGCUCACUAACCCUCUGCCUCCUUCUUUGCGCUUAGUGUAUAGCCUCUGGAUACUGGACUUGGGGUGGAACCCCCGUGCAUGGUGAGCAACUUUCAAGUUUUAACAUCUGUGGCCUGAAUUUCCUUGUUUGGCCAGCUUAUUAUUCCAGCAGGGUAUCUUAUCACUGGAAGGGCAUAGCUGUUAAUUGCCCGGAUUUUGUUUUUGCCAUUUAGCUGACUAUUUAGGACCUGCCUUACUCACUUCAGGUACUUGGCCAUUGCUGCUUUCCUUGUGGCCUCUUCGUGUUUGCCACUUGCCUGUGGUAUGCCAAGGUAUUUGUAGCUCUCCUCCACAUCUGCUAUUCUGCCCUCUGGGAGGGUAGUGCCCCCUGUAUGGAUCACCUUCCCUCUUUUUGUCACCAUCCGGCCACACUUCUCCAUAUUGAAUGACAUAUCGAUGUUACUGCUGUAGAUCCUGGUGGUGUAGAUCAGUGAGUCAAUAUCUCGCUUGCUCUUAGCGUACAGCCUGAUGACAUCCAUGUAGAGGAGGUGGCUGAUGGUCAUCCCAUUUUGGAGACGGUAUCCGAAGCCAGUCUUGCUGAUUAUUUAGCUGAGGGGAUUCAAGCCUAUGCAGAACAGCAGUGGUUACAGAGCAUCUCCUUGAAAUAUGCCACAUUUGAUGGAGACUUGUGCUAUUGACUUGAAGUUGGCCUCAAGGGUGGUCUUCCAUUGCCUCAUUGAGUUUGCAAUGAAGGCCCUUAGGGUCUUGUUGACCUUACGCAGCUUCAGGCACUCCAGGAUCCAGGUGUGUGGCAUCAAGUCGUAGGCUUUCUUGUAAUCAAUCCAAGCAGUGCACAGAUUGGUCUGUCGGGUUCUACAGUCUCAAGCGAUUGUUCUGUCUACCAGUAGCUGGUGUUUUGCCCCUCUGGUGUUCUUACCAAUGUCCUUCUGUGCCUCUGUCAUGUAUUGAUCCAUCUGCCCACUUAUCUUAGCAGCAAUGAUGCCUGACAGGAGUUUCCAUGUUGUGGAGAGGCAAGUGAUCGGCCACUAGUUGGAUGGGACUGUUCCUUUCUGUGGAUCUUUCUGAAUCAGGACUGUCCUGCCUUGGGUCAGCCAUUCUGGGUGGGUCCCAUCAUUCGGCAGUUGGUUCAUUUGUGCUGCCAGGCGGUCAUGGAGUGAGGUCAGCUUCUUUAGCCAGUUGGUGUGAAUCACAUCCAGGCCUAGAACUGUCCAGUUCUUCAUACCUGAGACUUUUCUUGGAUGUCUGCUAAUGUGAUGGUCACACCAUGUUGUUAAGGGAGAUUGAUGUGGUGUCCUUUUAGAUCGGUUAGCCACUGUGCAUUCUUGUUAUGUGAUGCUUCUGUCUCCCAUAUACCUUUCCAGUAUAGUUCAGUCUCCAGCCUUGGUGGGUUUGCUCGAGUGUUAUUACCCUGCCAAUGAGAGUACACUUUGGCUGGUUCAGUGGAGAACAGACAGUUUAUUUCCGAUUUUUUUUUUGCAAAUAAUCAUCAACUUUAGAAUUUAAAGGCAGCAACACGGGACAAAGAAGUUGGGAAAGGUGGCAAAAGAUACUGAGAAAUUUGAGGAAUGCUCAUCAAAUACCUUUUUGGAACAUCCCACAGGUGAGCAGGGUAAUUGGGAACAGGUGGGUGCCAUGAUUAGGUAUAAAAGCAGCUUCCCCAAAACUUCUCAGUCAUUCACAAGCAAGGAUGGGGCGAGGUUCACCACUUUGUGAACAACUGCGUGAGCAAAUAGUUGAACAGUUUAAGAACAAUGUUUCUCAAAGUACAAUUGCAAGGAAUUUAGGGAUUUCAACAUCUACGGUCCGUAAUAUCAUCAAAAGGUUCAGAGAAUCUGGCGAAAUCACUGCACGUAAGCGGCACCACCAGAAACCAACAUUGAAUGCCCUUGACCUUCGAUCCCUCAGGCGGCACUGUAUCAAAAACUGACAUCAGUAUGUAAAGAAUAUCACCACAUGGGCUCAGGAACACUUCAGAAAACCACUGUCAGUAAAUACAGUUCGUCACUACAUCUGUAAGUGCAAGUUAAAACUCUACUAUGCAAAGCAAUAGCCAUUUAUCAACAACAUCCAGAAACUUCUCUGGGCCUGAGCUCAUCUAAGAUGGACUGAUGCAAAGUGGAAAAGUGGUCUGUGGUCUUACAAGUCCACAAUUCAUAUUGUUUUUGCAAAUAGUGGAUGUCGUGUCCUCUGGGCAAAAGAGGAAAAGAACCAUCCGGACUGAUAUCGGUUGCAGGGGAAGCUUAGCUUCUCCUGCAAUGUAAAAAAAAAAAAAAAAAAAAAAGUGUUGAAAUAAAUGAUGUAGACCUGGAAAAAAAUUAGCUAUAUAUAUACAGUAAAUAAAUAAAAAUAACUGAAAACGUGUUUUAUAUUGUAGUUUCUUUUAAAAUAGCCACCCUUUGCUCUUGAUGACAGAAGUAACCCUGACAAGGCACACCUGUGAAGUAAAAACCAUUUCAGGUGACUACCUCAUGAAGCUUAUUGAGAGAACAGCAAAAGUUUGCAGCGCUAAAAAAGCAAAGGGUGGCUACUUUGAGGAAUCUAAAAUAUAAAACAUGUUUUCAGUUAUUUCACACUUUUUUCUUAAGCACAUGAUUCCACAUGUGUUCAUUCAUAGUUUUGAUGCCUUCACUGAGAAUCUAAAAUUUAAAUAGUAAUGAGGAUAAAGAAAAUGCAUUGAAUGAGAAGGUGUGUCCAAACUUUUGGCCUGUACUGUAUAUAUAUAUAUAUAUAUAUAUAUAUACACUCACCGGCCACUUUAUUAGGUAUACCUGUCCAACUGCUCGUUAACACUUAAUUUCUAAUCAGCCAAUCACAUGGCGGCAACUUAGUGCAUUUAGGCAUGUAGACAUGGUCAAGACAAUCUCCUGCAGUUCAAACCGAGCAUCAGUAUGGGGAAGAAAGGUGAUUUGAGUGACUUUGAACGUGGCAUGGUUGUUGGUGCCAGAAGGGCUGGUCUGAGUAUUUCAGAAACUGCUGAUCUACUGGGAUUUUCACGCACAACCAUCUCUAGGGUUUACAGAGAAUGGUCCGAAAAAGAAAAAAUAUCCAGUGAGCGGCAGUUCUGUGGGCGGAAAUGCCUUGUUGAUGCCAGAGGUCAGAGGAGAAUGGCCAGACUGGUUCGAGCUGAUAGAAAGGCAACAGUGACUCAAAUAACCACCCGUUACAACCAAGGUAGGCAGAAGAGCAUCUCUGAACGCACAGUACGUCGAACUUUGAGGCAGAUGGGCUACAGCAGCAGAAGACCACAACGGGUGCCACUCCUUUCAGCUAAGAACAGGAAACUGAGGCUACAAUUUGCACAAGCUCAUCGAAAUUGGACAAUAGAAGAUUGGAAAAACGUUGCCUGGUCUGAUGAGUCUCGAUUUCUGCUGCGACAUUCGGAUGGUAGGGUCAGAAUUUGGCGUCAACAACAUGAAAGCAUGGAUCCAUCCUGCCUUGUAUCAACGGUUCAGGCUGGUGGUGGUGGUGUCAUGGUGUGGGGAAUAUUUUCUUGGCACUCUUUGGGCCCCUUGGUACCAAUUGAGCAUCGUUGCAACGCCACAGCCUACCUGAGUAUUGUUGCUGACCAUGUCCAUCCCUUUAUGACCACAAUGUACCCAACUUCUGAUGGCUACUUUCAGCAGGAUAAUGCGCCAUGUCAUAAAGCUGGAAUCAUCUCAGACUGGUUUCUUGAACAUGACAAUGAGUUCACUGUACUCAAAUGGCCUCCACAGUCACCAGAUCUCAAUCCAAUAGAGCAUCUUUGGGAUGUGGUGGAACGGGAGAUUCGCAUCAUGGAUGUGCAGCCGACAAAUCUGCGGCAACUGUGUGAUGCCAUCAUGUCAAUAUGGACCAAGCUCUCUGAGGAAUGCUUCCAGCACCUUGUUGAAUCUAUGCCACGAAGACUUGAGGCAGUUCUGAAGGCAAAAGGGGGUCCAACCCGUUAUAUAUAUAUAUAUAUAUAUAUAUAUACUGUAUAUAUGUAUGCUCAUCUUAGCCAUGAUCUUAUCUCUUUGAUCAGUUUGCUCUUUGUUCAACUCUAGAGCUUGGUACCCAAUCUCAGGUGGGGAUGUUAACUCCCCCCAUCUGACCUAGUGUCCUGGCUCCCCCUUGCAGUAGCAUUUACAUGUUGUACCUCCUCAGUGGUAAUAGCAGCUGAUGGUGGAUGUUGGGACAGUGAGCUACUAGCUGUUUCGGUGUUAGCAUUGACUGUGGGUAUUGAAGCAACUAUUUAUCCCGCAGCCUGUUCAUGUAACCCCACUGGCUAGGGCUACUGGAGUAGCAGCAUCCCAACAGAGCCUUAUUCUCAUCUUGUGUCCAUUGCCUUCUCUGUAUUAUUCCAGUAGCCCAUUUCCCAAUACAAUGUCCUGGUCCCAAAGCAUUUGACAUAGACCUUGUUCACCCUGGUGAUGUCUGCACGGUUUGACUUUCGGUGGUAAUGCAUUCAUGUUUGUAAAGUACACCAUAGCGCUAAGGAUCUUGUCUAAGGACCCACAAUGGUUGAUGUAACUCUGCAAAAACUGAUUGACCACAAUAAAGGGAGCGGGGCCAAAACAUUGAGCUUUGCCCUCAGCUGGCUUCCAGUAAGCCACCAGAGACAUGCAGCCCACCAUUUGUUAAAUAUAUAUUUCCUGUUAAAUAUGAUGAUUGUAUCCUGAAGAAAAGCUUGUUAGUUGUCAGAUAUGAACAGACUCUUGCAGAUAUGCAGCCUGGCAGCAUUGUGAAAAUAUAGCAAAGUGAAGACUUAAAACAGAACACGGUUGAGUUGGAGUCAAUUCACUUGUCUGCACCAGUGUACUUGCUUUCUGAGGUAAACUUAGUUUAUUAUAUGAGGUGGAAAAAAUGUGGUGGAGUCUGUCUCUGUGUGGGAGCUGGUGUCAGGAGAUGCAGAGGUGGUGUUCAUUUGAUCUCUGUAAUUUAAACCCUGAGAUGCUGCUCCACUGUUAGACAGUCUCUGUGUUUAUCCUCAUACUCUCUGUCCACCAGAUGCCUACACAAAGACAGAGGUGACUUACAUCUGGACCCGAAACGCCUCUCAGUCUGUGGAAGUGGCAGCUGAUGGAUCCAGACUGAACCAGUACGACCUGGUGGGUCAGACAGUGGGGAAGGAGACCAUCAAAUCCAGCACAGGUGAGCAUCUAUUUUAAGUACACAAGCGAUUAAGGAGUUGUAGGAUUUAAUAUGUCUAAUGUAUGUGCCCUUAAACCUUGCUGUGUCUGUCUGCUCCUCAGGUGAAUACACCGUCAUGACGGCUCACUUCCACCUAAAGAGGAAGAUCGGGUACUUUGUCAUCCAGACCUACCUACCCUGCAUUAUGACUGUCAUCCUCUCACAGGUCUCCUUUUGGCUCAACAGAGAGUCCGUCCCAGCCCGAACGGUCUUUGGUCAGUUUUUAAAUUCAACAUUUCAAACUUUAGUUAAGCUUCCCACACAGACAGCAAACAAAUGUGUCUGCACGUCUCUGAAUCUUCAGCAGAGGUUAAAAGACAUGUUAGGAAAUGUGAGGUAAAAAAAAAAAAAAAAAAAAAAACAAUGAAGGAUGAAACACAGUGGGGAAAGUGUGUGUGUGUGUGUGUGUGUGUGUGUGUGUGUGUGUGUGUGUGUGUGUGUGUGUGUGUGUGUGUGUGUGUGUGUGUACAAGGGGGGAAAGGAAACAACAUCAAAAUGGAAGCGCAUUAUCCUCUUACUGUGGGUAUUGAUGUGUUCACUGUGUGAUAGCUAGCUAUUAAAUGUGACCUGCAGCACAGAUACCUAUUUAUGUGUGUGUGUGUGUGUGUGUGUGUGUGUGUGUGUGUGUGUGUGUGUGUGUGUGUGUGUGUGUGUGUGUGUGUGUGUGUGUGUGUGUGUGUGUGUGUGUAUGUGUGCCCAGGAUUAGUGCCCGGGUGCACACACGUAUUGCAUGUACAGUACCUGUUGUGAUAAUUUCAUUAGAGUGCCAUGUGUCCGUGUGUAUGUCAUUCGUGUAAAUCACACACACACAUAGCUGAUCUAUCAGAUGCACGUUCGCUGGUGUGUUUUCUUUUUUGUUCUUAGAUUUUUCUUUCUUUUCUUAAAUUAAAUUCAGACAAAUCUUAUGUUUGUUCAAAUGGAACAACACUCUGUCCUGAUUCACACUGAGUUAGUGAGGAGAGUAGCUGUAAAAGUGAUCAUGAGGUUUUUUUCUGAAUUUAUCCCUCUGAUUCUGACAAAAGCUUUCUCUGUUUCUUCCCUCCUUUCCCCUCAGGAGUCACCACAGUCCUCACCAUGACCACUCUGAGUAUCAGCGCCCGUAACUCACUUCCUAAAGUGGCCUACGCUACGGCCAUGGACUGGUUCAUUGCCGUCUGCUACGCCUUUGUUUUCUCUGCUCUCAUUGAAUUUGCCACUGUGAACUACUUCACAAAGAGAGGCUGGGCCUGGGAUGGGAAGAGUGUUGUCAAUGACAAGGUGGGGCUGAAAUACACUUAUGAAGACCAUGUCUUCAACAAAAAAUAAUCACGAGUCAGUUACAGACAGGGACAGCUGUGUGACUUCCUUCUGUUAAUCUUUAGGGUUAUAGGUGAGGGCACAGUGGCAGGUAAACAUGCAACACUGGCUGAAAUCUACUCAACAAUGACAGAAAACACCUGUUGUGAUGAUCACAACUUUCUCUGUUUGUUUGUUGAAAUAGCCGAAGCUGAACUGUAACACCUGCCAGAAACCAGGCUGUGCAAAACAGUUUGAGCUGCUGCAUCUUAAGGCAGCUGGACCAGGAGCUGUUCUCCUGCUUUAUUUUCACAGUCAUGUCGAUUUCAAGUGCAUUACAUCACUUCCUUUGACACUUGCCCCACUGAAACAGGUUUAAUCUGGUAAAAUAAAAAAAGUAAUAACUUCCAUAAUGAUAUUGUUUGUUGUUGGUGGUCAUCAUUCAGAGUUUUCAUGAGUAAGAAACUCCUCACAGGAGCUUUAAAGCUGCACAGGUACCUAUGAAAGAAAGAACACACCUAUUUUAUUUUGCUCUGCUGCUGGUGCUUUAAGUUUCCCUUGAUUAGUAUUUAUCUUCUUGGGAUGCUGUCUAGCUCUGGUAGAUGAUUGACAUAUACGAGUGUAACAGUCUCACUUUUUAUUAAAGAAUAAAUCCAUCAAAGAAAUCUAACACCGAGUCCCUCUUCCCUGCAGAAAAAGGAAGCAGCCAUCAUGAAGAAGAACAACGCCUACGCUGUAGCUGUGGCGAACUACGCCCCCAACAUCACCAAAGACUCCACGCUGCCGACCAUCUCCAAGUGUGCCCUGAAUGACUCCAACAAGAACACGUCGGAGAUGAAGCCUGAGCAGAACAAGAAAACCUUCAACAGUGUCAGUAAGAUCGACCGCAUAUCCCGCAUCAUGUUCCCCGUGCUGUUCGGGAGCUUCAACCUGGUCUACUGGGCCACCUAUCUGAACAGAGAACCCGUCAUCAAAGACCUGGAUCCAGCCAAAUAACUGUGACAGAGUCGCUCCAAGCUAGCAGGACUUCUUCAUCUGUCCAUCUCUUUUCUGUCACAGUGAAGGUUUUUUCAUGUUUGAACAGUCCUUCUCUCUUUUCUUACUCAGUACAGGUUUGGAAAAUCUUACUCAAGUUUUGAGUUCAUGAGAGGUGAGUUCACCUGCCGCCCAAAAAUCACACCCAGAGUCUUUGAAUUAAGAGGAGUAACGUUUGUAAAGUCUGGAUCUGCUUGGAAGUGAAGGAAAGUCAAUGUUGCUCAAAAAUCUCUGAGACUCUAAAAACCUUUUGACAUCCUUCUUACAGCUGCAUUCAUGAGAGGAACCAGAGUUUUUCUGAAAGAGUUUUGACCACAUUUACUUGGUUGAAUGUCUCACUGCAGCAGCUCAAAUAUGUCCACCAAAAGUUCUUGUUUUCACGGAUGAUAGGUCCGGGUAUUUGCUUUACAUAGCUGACAAAAGAUUAUCUCUCUGACAAGCUGUCCCAGAGUAACAGGAAAAGACCGCUCCAAUCUGUCCAUUUUGAUCAGACACUCUUAAGGCUCGGUUUGCAUGGGCAAAAAGUGGAUAAACUUCUUAGCACCUGCACACAGAGGAUGGUAUCUUUCAAAUGUGCAAGGUAAUGUCCAUUAUCCGUUUGGCAUGUUUGCCUCAACGAAUAUGCAAAUCAUUUCAAUUGGAGUGGUGCUCUUGAUUUUGUCUUUGCUUCUCUGUGUUUUACCAACAGUUUUGACUUUUUUACUCGUUGCAACCAUAGACUGUAUUUACUAUGGACAACCUGGUUCCGCCUACCACCUGUAUACGGAUUUGAAGCCAAAUAGCUCUCGGUAUUUCCGGGAUUUUUCUUCAUUUCCUGAAACCAGCGCUGUGCAGCAGCGUUGUGCGCAUUCGGCCGCGCAGUCGCAGAGAGUCACUGUGAUGACGCUCGGCUCAAACAGCGUGUCCCCCGGGAGAGCUACUCAAUCCCUGAACGCCCAUAGGCUAUACCAGGUGUCAAUCAUAGCAAACACGAACCCCCUAAUAACUUUUAAAAACAGAGCUUCACAGAAAAAAGAGGACUUGAGCACAAACCAGUCCUACAAUAACUACAUGUCAACAUCGCAAGCAGGGGGAAGAAAAAUGUAUGUUCUGUGUAAUAAAUUUCUAAAGUUUGCCCACAGUCCCAUAAGCUUUGCUGGCGGAGGCGGGAUUUAUGACCUAUACUGCAGCCCAUCAACAGAGGGUGCUGUUCUCGGAGUGUCUUCACCCUGUGAGGAGGCAGACGGCAUCCAUUCUAUAUACAGUCUAUGGUUGCAACUCUCUCAGGUUGCCCUCCUCUUUAGUAAUAUAUCCCGAUGUCUCUGUUUUUUGCCUCUUUUGAGAGAAUUAUUUAAGUCUGCAUUUCCUGGCUAAAAUCACCACUAGAAAAUCCACAAAACCCAAUUCAAAUACCACUGCCUCCACAGUCUUUGCACCUGAUAUCAUCUGCAUAACUCACACCAACAAAAUGUGCAACUCGUUGGAAGGCACAGGCAAAAAAAAAAAAAAAAAAUGUGCAAACUUUAGAGCACCUGCAAAUAAACAUGCAAGCUGAUCUACUCACUGUGGAUCGUGUCUUUCAGUUGUGCAAGAUUACACAAUGAUUACAAUUUGAUAAGAAACAACCGACGUCCAAGGUCACAGAUUUAGGCGGAGAAGAUGAAAUUUCUGGUGCAACAAGGGUUGAGCAGGGGAACGACGUGGAGGCGUGCAGCUUCAACUUUGUUUUCUUGUAAUUUGUUUUGUGACACAUCAUGUUCAAUGGCGCAAUGACAGCCAUGUCUGUUAGUAACAGGAACAGACAGAAAGAUCAUUAGAUGACCAAAACAUCUCUGCACGUCAGAAUGAUUUUCUUCAGAUCGAACUCCUGGUCCAGAAACAUUUAUGUCACUAUCUGACGAGUCCAGUCUUAUGUUCCAUUCUCACUCACUUAUCAUCAAGUAGUGAAAGAUCUCUUGCUGACUGUUUUGGCCCUUUUUGCACCCUUUUGGCAAUUGAGUAUAUCUUCAGACUUAAUGUGAUGUUUCAUAGCACUGUGAUGCAAAACACAAUAUUCCUGAGGAAGCUCACAAUUGGGAGAUGGUAAAAGACAGCAUCAAACAGACUUUACAGAAAGUAGAGAGAUGGUGAACAUGAAGCAUUAAAGGUGAAAAGCUGAUGCUUCGAAAAGAAAACAUUGGUGAUGUAAAACAGCUUUUAUCCAGCUGUUUUUAUCCCAGUGAAAUGCUAUAGGAAAUCAUCAAAGGCUAAAUGAAAAGCGCUUUUUGGGCUCAUCGUGUACGUGGUUCUACUGCUUCUGCAGCCUCAAGUGGACACUUGGGGAACUGCAGUUUUUAGCUCCUCCUCUUCAUUUCUUAACAUCUAAGGUUGCCUCUUGACUUUAAAUGUAGUCUGGUCCAGUGCCACCAGCCUUGAGGGACCUAAUGCAUGAUGGUGUGUGUGCACACUGAAGAACUGGAAUAAAUAAUGUGCAUGUGCGCCAUCAGUCACCAGUUGAAGUGUUAAGUAAGGGGCACCAUCACAGAUUUUUACAUCCAAGUCAUAAUGAGACAGUCUAUAUGAUGAAACUACCCAUAAAGCCUUGGGUUGUGUGGUAUACAGAUGACUGAAGUGAUUUGAAGCUUCACUUACACAACCUUAGAAAGAGGUCACAUGUUGACCUCUUCAGACUGAUAGUGUCAGGAAAUCAUCAAAUAAAACUCCCUGAUGAAGUAAGGAGAAUAACAUGAUCCCAUUCAUGUUUAUACCUAUUGAAGCCUUUGCAGCCUGGUGCACUCUCAAUCUCUUUCCAGGUAACAUCAGUCAUAUCCAUUUAAAGUCCCACUCCAAUCGUUUUUUGUUUUUUUUAAUAACUAUUUAAAGGGAAAAUUAAGUUGGGGUCAAACACUGUAACAGAGUUAGACACCCCGUCGAGAGAUUGCUGUUGCUGACCGCUUGCUUCUCUAGUUAGUUAAAGUGUUCUCAGUGGUCUUUAAACUGUGAUUAUGAAGUUUUUAACCAAAAUCACGCUACCUGUGUUAUUUUCAAGAGCUUUUCUUCUGCAGAACUCCAGUGGCUCAUUAGCAAUUUGCCUCUGAGUCGUGGGCGGAAACAGUGCUGCUCUGCACACUCCUCUUCAAGCCAUGUUCUCUCGGACACUCAUAUCUUUGGGGACAUGAUAAAAGUUGAUAUCAUAAUUAUCUUUUUUACGAACAUUGCAAUCUGCUAACGCAUGUACUUGUUCUGCGAUUGUCCUCUCUACUUUUCUGAGAGUGGCCUGCAUAACGGGGCUCCGGGGGCAGAGCUUGGAUCUGUGACGUAGGAAAUCUCACUGUAUCUGAACCUGCUGUUUGGGUCUGCCAGAGGUUCACAGUGAUUUGAAGGCAGAAAUACUCAGAUAUGCAAUUUUGCUCUUAGUUUUCUCGUGAUAUGUCCUCUAGCAUCAGAAAAAUGCCAUAUGAACAUGUAGACAACAAGACAAGCAUGAUUUUCAUUGGAGUGGGUCUUUAAGGACUGGGGUUUAGGGAGGACAUCAAGGCUUAGCUCAGGACUACAGUGAGGCUUGAUUGGGUUAAAUGAAAAUGGGGCUCUUGGUGGACAUUAUUUGACCUGCUGCGUUUGUACCCAUGAAUAUUUUCAAACACAAAGAAGAAAAACUCAUAUCAGCUGCUGCAUCGUUGAUAUGAUGGGUUUUGUUACGGGCCUGUUUUGAUGAACUUUCUGUUCAUGAUGACGUCAAAUAUCUGAAUUUAGUGACUACAAGAGCGUUUGUGAUUGCUCAGGUUUUGUGAGCAUCAGUAGCAACAGAUCACCUUAACAUGUAGCAAUAAAAGAGAAAAAAAACUACCCUGGAGAAGCUGAGGAAUAACAAAUGAUAAUGUUGGAAGUUAAUUGAAAAAGAAAAAAUCAUUUCUAAUGAGAGGAAUAAUCAAUAAUCAUCAUUAAUAACAGUGAUUACCUACAGAUCUUUUUCUCAUCAAUUUCUGCCAUCUUCUGUAGAAUUGGGAGAUAAAACAGUGACGGUUUACGGUUAUUGGUUGGAUUUGAUUUUUCACUGUGCAGGACACAUAUGAAUCUGGAUAAUAUCGCACUUUAGGCACCACUCGGUGAGUUUUUCACUCUCUUAACAGCUUUCUCAUUAAUGAGCUUCGAUAUUGACGAGGCGUUGGGGAGCAGAAAAGCAGCGAUUCAGCAUUGAGUGGGAAAUACAGCCCUGCUGGGUGUCAUCAUGUGAACACUGAAAAAGGAUCAAACACCCCUCUGUUAUCUGAUUUCUCCUCAGUCUGUUUUAUGGAGGCUGACAGAGGCACUCACACUGCUAACAGCUUCCAUUUGGAGAAAUAUACAUUAAAAUUUAAAAUGGUGCAAAUCCAGAAACACAUGAAAAAGAAGCAGAAAAUGUGCAACUGAAUAGAGACACUGCAAAAAGCUUUGACAGCAAACACAGUUAAAAACAAUAAAAAGAAUAAUAAGUAAAAUAAAAAUAAGACAGGAAAAUCCAGAUGAAACAACACCAGAAAACAUGGAACAACAUUCUUGAAUCUGGUGGCUGGACUUUCACUUUUUUCUCCUGUGUUUGUUUUCUGGUGUUGAGUUUUUGGGUGUGUUAGUUUUUGAUGCAUUUGCAGCACCUUCUUCUCAUUGCAUUUGACUUUGAAGUUUCUCAAUCAUCCAGGUCAUUGCAUUUGUUUUGCACUUUUGCACGUUUCUGUAUUUGCACCUUUUCAUAAUGAAAAUCAUUUAGGUUGCUGCAGUCCAGCUGCUCCUGAAAACAAAAAAAAUACAUCAAAUACCCUGAUGUGGUUUGAAUUUUAUGCCAUGUACUCAUGUAGCCGGGUAUUUUUAUAAACGACCGUCCAACCCUCUCUGUUUAAAAAAAAAAAAAAUCACGUACACCCGUCAUCUUUUUGAAAUAAAAUCCCUCUCUACAAAAAACUGCAUAAAUGUGAUCUUGACCGCUGUUAUCAGCAUGCCAGACCUGGAGUUGGCAAGGUUAUAAUAGUUUUGGAUUUUUCAUUAUAGUUUAGUUGUAUUUCAUUUGAACUUUUUUUUCUUCUCUAGUUCAGUUAGUUUUAAUUAGGAGGUUUGUUCAUUUUUAUUAGUUUUUAUGUUUUUCUAAAUGAUUAGUUUUAGGUCAGUUUUUAUUAGUUUUAGUAUUAGUUUUAGGUUUUCAUACUUGGCAAUAAGAUUAUCCACUCGUGCAGCACCGGCCAACCAGAAUUUUGGCUCGAAAGAAAAGCUAAACUUUUCAAAGGCCAUCAACUCACAGUCUUGUAGGCAAACUAGUCUCAAUAAACACAUUUACAAGUGCAUCUUCCCACUUGUGGUGUUCUUGCGUGUUCACGAACCAGCAGCUAUUUGGUCGUCAGUGAAAAGAGUCCAUUAUAGUUGUCUCCUGCUUCCUGCUGCUAUCUCCUGGCUGAGAUGUUGCUUCUUUUUUCGGAGAAGAUACUCAGAGAGGCCACUUUGUUGAGGUUUUCGUGAUUAACGUUCUUGUGUGUGCUUCUCCUAUGGACUUUCAGAUUUGUGAGUCUUUUUCCCUUAAGAAGUAUUUCACAUAUUUUAUGCUAUAUUUUAUUGGACAAAAUACAUAUUUUAUUGCUUUUGUCUUUUUCACUGUCAUAUUUAAAGAAAUUUCAUGUAGGACUCUGUUGCUUUCUCCUGAGUUUCAUUUUGUAAACCCGUAUACAGCUUCAGUUAUCGUUUCUUUCUUUUAAUUAUAGUUUUUAUUUAUUCCAGUUAACGAAAAUGAUUUUUCAAUUCUAGUUUUCGUCAUUUCGUUAGUUUUAAUUAACGAUAAUAACCCUGGUAUUUGGUAGUGUUUGCCAAAAAGUUAGACCCAUUCUAUCCAAUCAGAGCAAGCUUCCCUUUCUCGUUGUCACUUCUCCAAACAUGAAACAUAGCACAGUGUAGUUUGUCCAUGUGGACCGACAAAGAGGUGGAAUUGUUUUUUAAGCAUCAUCUUGGAGUAUUAAGUCAACGAUACACAAGACAGGUAGAGGAAAGGUUAUUUGGUGUAGAAUAACCGACUGCAAAGCACUCCUUCUCCUUUGCUCCUUACACAAAUAUAUAUUUUCAGUAUAUCUGUGCCGUCCACUGCCUAAAAUAAACAAGGGCGCACAGUAAAUGAUGUUUAUCUACUAGUUGUCGCAUACACUGAUGUUUGGGAAUUUAAAACUCUGGUUAUCUAUGUCCACACGCCAACUGAAAAUCAGAGUUUUCGAAAAUCUUCACUUUGGCUGGAGUUUUCCAAAAGCACAGUUUCUAAUGAAGUAAUCCUGUGUUUUCUUGUGGAUGACAGGCCAAAACAUAUAAAAAUGUGUUUGUUUUAGCAAAUACCCGGCUACGUGUGGACAAGGCCUUAAUGUUGGUCUACUCCACAGCACCCUGAGCUACAUGUAGCUUUUGUACAGAUUUACACAAUGCUUCCCCACACGGACUGUGUCACACUGUGGAAGAGGAUCCUGAUGAACACAGGGGCUGGGGGGAUGUGUGUUUAUUGUGUAAAUCAUAUGAACUGUAGCAGAAUUUUAAUCAGGAAAACCAUCUUUUGCCCCAAUUCAUUUACAUUUUUUAUCUCUCUCUUUUCAUUCAUGCAUCUGGCUUCCACAUCAAUUAGCUGAUUAUCUUAUAAACAUGUCUCCAUGAAACAAUUAAAUUCCUGCCCUUAAACUUUGAACUGCUUAGUCUCCACCUCCAGUUUUCAGAUCACCGUCAGGUUUUGGGGGUUCUGGAUGAUGCGGUACUAAGUGAGAACAUGAAAUACAUUUGCUAAAAAAAAUUUUUUUAAAUCAGAGUAUAUGGUUCAUAAAGCUGCAGGUUUGAGGUUUUAAACAUCAUUCAGUUUACAUUCAGAGUUAAAUCCAGCUACCGUUAUAGCCCGGUCAGGUGAUUUACCGGGAUGUACUGUCCUUGUCCCAGUCUGCAAGAACGGGGCAACAUCCAUAUUCUAGCAUGUCUGCCUCUCAUUCCUCUCCCUGUUGACCCUUUACAAAGCAAGACAGUCAACCGAAUGAAUCAGCGAGCGGCUAACUGGAUUCCCAUUUUUUCUUCUUACUACCCAGCUUCCUAGCAACCAGUUUGUGCUGUUCAAUGCAGGUGUGCAAAUUCUUUUCAAAGUCCAGAACACUGAGGCCAGUUAAAGUCUGAAAGAAGAGUAUGUGAAAGAGAGAAAAUCGAUUCACAUCUGCGUUAUGUUGGUAUGUUACUCUGAGAAGUUUGACUGUGUGAUGUUUUUGUGGGACUAACGUGUUUACAGAUACUUUGAAAGCCCAGUGUCAGUUAGACUAAUGCAAAAAGCAAGUUUUUGAACAUCUAAACACAGAGAAUGAUAAGCAAAGCUUAAAGAAAAAACCCAAAUAAAAAUAUCAAACAUUACAGUGAACCCAUUUGAAUCUAUGCUCUCGGGAAUAACACUUGGAUACAAAACAGUCAGAUGAACAUUGAUUUGAGAGCUUUAGCUUGUAAUAAAACCUAUAAUGUGACACACCCUGUUUUAAGGUCAUAUUCCUCCCAUGUUCAUUAUUCUUAGGUUUUCAAUGUGAGCUACAUUAUCAGCCAAAAUGAACAUCUUUCUUUAGCUCUGCGCACAGUGAAGGUGUUCGGAGAGACUGAAGGUGUAACACAUUCAGUUCAGCUUGUUCCAAAAUGUACUUACUAUCUUUGCUACAGUGACCUGGAGGAAGUCUGGUGACAAAAACACACUGAAACAGACUACAGUGGAGUGAGACAUCUUGCAUUCAUGCUGUCUCUGCAGCACAUGUUAAACAACAACAACCAGAAUACAGGUAGGCAAACAAAGUAACAAAGUAGCGACCCAUGCAACAAUAUUCUGCUGUGAAACUGUUGUAACUUUGACUAAAUCCCCUCUUUAGGUUUGUUUCUUUGUGCUGCACUGUUUCCUCUCACUAAGCUUGUUGAAGUUUAAAGCCCAGCUCCACUUCUAAGUCAUCCAUCUCUUCAAACCAUCCCUUUUCUUCAUCAUCAUCAUCAUCAUCAUCAUUGACAACAGAGACGCCACAAUCAGGCCUAAUCAGACUCUUAAUCCUGAACUUGAUUCUGCAUCCUAUGGCUCUGAUAGCUGGUCUCUCCUGAUUGAAACAUGUUGACAUGUCUGUGAGUGUUUCCCGUCAGUGUUUUUGUCUGAUUUCAUGGGUUUUGUAUCUUUUUAUACUGGAUGCACUUCAGCAGGAAGGAGGGACCUUCAAGAGUCUAAAACUGACAUCCUAACUAAAGAUGUGAACACGACUGCAUUUAUUGUGAAGUCUAUGUGUGAAAAAAAAGGGAAAAAAUGUGUUUUUUCUGCCUAUUAUUAUAUACAUUUCUAAUAUAAACAUUUGUAUAUAACCCCUGUGCUUUGUUUAACCUACUUUUCCACUGAGGUAUCUUUUAGUCCAGAUGUUCUAGACAACGAUAUCUGACACUGUUUGUAUUUCUUUCAAUGUUGGACUGGAAAAGCUCUUUGUGAUUCAUAUGAACACUAAUACAGAUUUGUGAUACUCACUGACAGAGACCUUCUGUUGUUUUCUCUGGGAGAAAAUAUCUCUCUGCUGUUUUUCCUGAUUAUGAAUGCUGGAUGAUUUUUGAAUCACUUCAGAGUUAAAGAUUAAGAUCGUUUAAAAAUUAAGAUCCCUGUUUUCAGUACUCUACAUGUCACACUGUUGCUGAGGUGGAAAUGAUCAAGUAUUAGAGCCAUCUAACAACAAAAAGAAACAAGGUUUAGAGAUCUAAGUCCUAAAAUUAUAAUAAUAAAUUCAUGUGGCUUUUUGGACAGACAGUAAGAGAGGAACCAGGAGAGAACAGAGAAUAACAUGAGGGAAAGAGGCCAUGGAGUGGAUUCGAACCCAGGCCGCCUGCAUACAUAGACCAUGCCUAAACUUCUGAGGUACCCCUCAGUGUGGCCAUAAUCCUCCAUUGAAGCUGUAGCAAAGGUAAAGCAAACACAGACCAGACUGAAGGGGUACACAGUAAGUCUUCUGGAGACUUGAGACCUGGGGCUCUAUUUUCGUGUCCGCCUGCGAUGCGGAGCGACCCCGUGCAGUGGUAUUUUCAUCUGGCGCAGCCCGGUGUACAGCCAUUUUGGUAUUCUCAUGGUUUGAGGCACACCCAUGGACUGUAUCAAGAAUGGACAGAGUCUGCCCCCUUGCUGGGUGAAGCCACUCCGAGAACAGCACCCUCUGUUGAUGGGCUGCAGUAUAGGUCAUAAAUCCCGCCUCCGCCAGCAAAGUUUAUGGGGCUGUGGACAAACUUUAGAAAUUUGUUACACAGAGUAUACGUUUUUCUACCCCUUGCUUGUGAUGUUGACAUGUAGUUACAGCAAGACUGGUUUGUGCUCAAGUCCUCUUUUUUCUGUGAAGCUCCGUUUUUAAAAGUUAUUAGGGGGUUCAUGUUUUCUAUGAUUGACACCUGAUACAGCCUAUGGGUGUUCAGGGAUUGCGUAGCUCACCCGAGGGAUACGCUGUUUUAGCCGAGCGUUGUCACAGAGACUCUUGGCGACUGCGCUGCCGAAUGUGUGCAUCGCUACUGCGCAGUGCUGGUUUCAGGAAAUGAAGGAAAAUCAAGUGGGAGUGGGUUUCUUGCUCGCCCCAAAGC